AUGGAGGGAUUUAGCAGGGUCGCUUUUCGCAGGAAACAAACGAGUAUGGAUACGUCGGAGCCAGAGGAAGAGGAAGGUGAGUUUUUUUAAGUGAUUUUGUCGUCAUAUCAACCCAACAAAUGUGUCUAAGAAGUGAUCCUCCCGUAGCCUCAGAUCACAUUUUUUACAACCACGUUGAACUCUGAUCUACUGUUUAUAAAUCACAGUUUUGUCUUAUCUGUCCAGUUUUGCCGGCUUGUUGGACAUUAAAGUUUUGUGUCAUGUUUUGGGUGACUCCAUAUGGAAACUGUGCGCUCUCACCUCUGGAUUGUUUAUGGGUCUCAGGAAAACUGGAGAAUUAGGCCAUUAGAGGCUUUAAGUCUUUAUCCGGUGAGCUGGUGACUCAGUGUUUUGACCCUCUGGCUGCUCCAGGUCAUGUUUUAACCAUCAUGUUUUUGUCAGGCUGAUUGAGAAAGUAUGGAAGGUGAGGACUGUAACACACCUACAUUACAGCCCAUGUUUACACAUCACUUCUGACUGCUCAGCAGGUAUGAAGGACUCGAAGGCAUGUUCUAACCUGUUGUGUAACCAUCCACAUGCUUCAGGGCACAUUUCUUUUCUUCCGGGGGACCACUACUCCUCAGGAAGACUGAGAACUCGAUGUUCUCAGGAUUCAUCUCUCAGGAUCAUGCAGAGAAAGUUCUCUGUGCACGUCUGUUCCUGAUCAGAAACUGUAUGUGGAUCUGUUUCUGUGCAGGUUCCAGAUGGAGAUUUGCAGAGAUACGACCUGGCAGCUGUACCUGAAAGUUUGCCCAGGCUUUGUUGUGAUGAAGUACUUAUUUUUCUCUAAAACUGGAAUCCUAAUACAUGCCAGCACUCCUGCUGUGGUGUGUUACUGUCUGGGCACGACCCACUGAGCCGCUGCUUUGUCUUAUCUUGCUGCUCUGAGGAGUUCUUGUGCAAACAAGCAGCUGAGGAGAUUCACUGUAGCUGCAUUUUGAUCUGAACUUUGCUCGGAGAUUUAUAUACCUCUGUUAUGAUCAGACAAGGUGUCUGUCAGCAGUCAGUUACAGGUCUAAGGUAAUAAACUGGGCACAAGGACAGGAAGUGAAGGAAUCACUGAAAUACCCAGAGAUCUUAUCUGUCAGUGAGUCACCAUGUGUUAGCAACACUGGAGUCAGAUUUCUUACAGACACUUGACAUCAGUAUACAUCACCGGUAUGUUUCCACUUUUAGCAAUAUGCCAAUACGACUUGGAUUUAAAUGAAAGUCUGUUGUUAUAAUAUUACUAUUUCCUAUAGCCUGAUGUAUUUAAUAAUCAACAGUGUGAUUCAUGACUGUUUUUAAAUGCAGAGACUAAUCAGAAACUCUUUAUGACAUUGGCCAGGUACAUUUAAAAUAAACUUUAUCAUCAUUUUAGUCCUCAAAGUGAAAGUAUCAUUAUCAAUGAAGCAUCGUAAAAACUUAAAUGAGUAGCCAAGGCUUCCUCUGGGUUUAUUUAGGAUAGGUGAAGAUAGACAGUCAGUGAUCAGUUGUGUUUGGCAAAAUAAAAAAUGAGACACUUAAGGACACAAACAACUAGAUAAAAAAAGUUGUAUACAGGCUGCAAAUAGACACCCUGUUACCCGGUUACUCAAAGGGGUCCAGAAUUUACACUGGGGAGGGUUUCAUUAUGAGUUUGAAAACACUUGAAAACAGACAAAUGGAGCACAGUUUAUGUAAAUACGGGAUCAUACAGUCAGAAAUGCUUGUAGAGUGAGUUUAUUUUAGGCCUGCAAUAACAAAAAUAUUGAUCAUUUCCAUAACUGGUACCAGCAGUGAAAAUGUUUAAUCAUUUUCAGCAGCUUUAUGUUUUCAGAACAGCUUCAUUUUCAUAUAGCAUGCAUGUUACCAGAUUCAACCAUUUAGACCGCUCAUGCAUAAAUUCUAGACUAGAGAGUAUAAAGCUCACCAGAGGUGCCUGACAUUCCUCCAGAUUUUGGCGCCCCCUGUGGACAAAUCAGCCUUUGCAUAUCUUGUCCUCAAAUCUAGAAGCCAAACAUCCUCAGUCUCACAGUUCAGACUUGGUUUUCCUCCUCUGGACUUGAAGUUGGAUAGUUAAAAAAGGAUCCUGAAGAAGACAGACUGUGAAUUUUUGUGAUUUGGAUGAACUGGAAACUGAGUUUUAUUUCUGUGUACACUGUAAAAAAUACAUUUACCUGAAAAAGUUAUUGUUUUAAAAGGCUGUUCGCCAAAAGCCUGACAUAAUGUGGCAGCCAGAUGAACAAAAACUAGAUUGGCCAUUUAAAUUUGACAAGUUCAAGCUGCUAAUUUUGUCUUGAAGGCUGGGAAAGAAGAUGCGAUGGCCUCUUUAAUUAGUGAUGGUUUGUGUGAACUUUGAUUAGUUUUUGUCUUUUUGUUCAGAGAUUGACCUGUUCUGGCCUCUGACCCAGAGUGUAUUAACUCAUACUUCAUUUAAGUCCAUAUGGGCUGACUGACUAUGUAAAUAAAUGAAUGACACAACCUUCCAUUUAAACUCCUAUAACACUCACUGGAUACGGAAUAAAAAGAGCUCAAAUUAAACACAACAAUAUCUCCCAACAUAUUUAGGAGUGUUGUCGAGAGUAUCGUGAAAGAAGCAUGUGGUGGUUUUUCUUGAAAGCCUCUGUUGACUGUGUGGUGUGUGACUGUUUUUCUGUGUUGUUCUGCUACCUUGGCCUGGUCUCUGCUGCAUUUAAAAUCCCAGUGGGACUCCCUGGUAAAAUAAAAGUUAUUGUUUUUACUUCCUCAUCUGAAUCAGAGCUGCAGAAUCACCUUUAACUUGAGUAUUAAAAAAAAUUGAAAAUCAGGAUGAGGGAUCACUUGAAAAGUGUUAGCUAGGCUCACUUUUAAAUGAGUUGAUAGAUUGUUGGACUAUUUUGCAGCUUUCUCUGUUAGGACUCUCUGGGAUUGUGAGUCUCAGAGGAAUAUUGUUGAUUUAAUGAGCUUGAAUCAGAGAAUGAAAUCAAAGUUGUGCAGGACAUGUUAAAAUUGUUCGUCUGCUGUCCAUCACGCUCAGCUAUUUUAGAGUUUAUGCCCGUCAGUGUGAUGCUUGUGUUGCACUAUAGCUGCGGAGAUAAAAACCCUGAAUUGUCUUUGGAUAUUAUCACACUCUUCAGAGAGCUGUGCUUGUAACUGAAGUCAACAGUUAGCUUUCUCUGGGAUGGUUAUGAACUUUACAGCACACUGCCUGAGUGUGUGUGUUGUUGAAGUGAAAUGUAUUUAGUGUUUAAAGCCCAAACAGCCAGUGGGUGUUUCGGUUUGAGCUGCUGUGGCUGUGAGGACAGCUGUAACACUCUGUAACAAAGGGUACGUUUGUUUUCUGUGUGCAGGGAGGGACACGGGCAGUGGGACUGGGUGAAUCGGAGGCUGUGUAGCCUGUUUGCCUCCUGCUCGGCGGAUUGUUUGACUGCCCUGAUGCAUAUUCACCCUGAGCCGAACCCUCUUAGUGUCCUCUACGGGCUUUCACUUGACACAACAACAGAAUCAGUGUUGUGCAGCUCGCUUCAUAAAGGCUCCAGAGAUUAUUGCUUUUAUGUGCCGUACUUUGCUGUACCACACCAGUUCAAGAAGAGUGCAGAUAGGCAUCGCUCCAUGUGUGGUUGGUAUGUGAACUCUGAAAGGUCAGCUGGAAAGACUGCUUUUCUCUCUGUGCUUUAAAUGAAGCCAGAGAGACAAUUGAAAAGCUGAAGGAAAAUUUUAUUGAAUGUGUUUGUAAAUAAUCAGGUGAGCAUCUCCAACCUUCUAAGUAUUGGAUGGCAGACUGCACGCAUGAGCAGAUGACAUGUUGUUUUUCUGCAUGCUUAUCAUAUUAUUUGAUAAUGUGUUGGCUUUUUGUCAACUGACACAAAGAGCAGGGGGAGCCAGUGUCCUCAAGCAAAUAAAUAAAUAUUUAAACCUAUGAAUUUCCGUUUUUUUUUUUUUCUUUUUUUUUUUUCUUUUCAAUCUGAACCUCUGCUUUUAUUCCUCAACGCUAUAUUUUCAACAUUUUUUGGACUCUGAAUGUCAGGUCUUUUUUCCUUCAUAUUGAAUUUAAGAUUUCAAACUAUUUUUCCACUUUUACUUUUUUGUCAACAUAGUCAAAUAAAUGAACAUAAAUUGAACUUUUGGACUUUUCCUUCAUGUUAAAUUUCAACCUUUUUCAGGAAUUGCGUCAUUUUUCUCUUGAGUAAAUUGAGUAGAUUUUGACUUUGAUUCAACUUUGUCCUUUUUAAAAAAAAAUAUAUAUAUAUAUAUAUAUAUAUAUAUAUAUAUAUAUAUAUAUAUAUUUUGUGAUUUCAACCUCAUUCAUUCAGAAUUAAAGCAUAAACUUUUGUUGACAUAAAAUUCAGUUCAAUCCACAACAUUUAUUUCCAAGUUAUUUUUUAAUUUAACUUUAAUUUGAAUAUUAUGUUUUUUCCUCAACAUUUUAUUUGGACUUUUCUAGAAAUAAUUUGUACUUUUUUCAUCUUGACUUCCCCCCUUUUUUCCUUACAUUGUAGUUUGAUUUUUUCUUACACUGAAUUUCAAAUUUUUUAACAGCACUUUUUACAUUUUCAGUUUAAUGAAUUGUUUUGAUGCCCGGUGGUAAACAUUCAUUCUUCUCACACUGAGAGACCCAAACAUUAUUAAUAAUUUCUUUAUUUAAUUCACUUCCUUGAGUUUACCCUGUCACGCCUCACAGUCCAGGCGAUAUCAGAAGGUUAAUGUUUGCUCAAAUGAUAAUACUGUGUGUGUGUGUGUGUGUGUGUGUGUGUGUGUGUGUGUGUGUGUGUGUGUGUGUGUGUGUGUGUGUGUGUGUGUGUGUGUGUGUGUGUGUGUGUGUGUGUGUGUGUGUGUGCGAUGGUGGGUGGGCUGCACCAAAGCAGGAAGUGUCUAAUGUGUUUGUUACACUCUGUUAGUUACACCCUCUCAUACUCACAAACAUCAAUUAUUUCCAACCAGCACUCAGUCGCUGCAGUUUGUACAUCCACCAGUAGGUGGGGGUAACUGCCCAGGAUCAGUCAGGGUCUUUCCAUUGCAGAGCAGGUGUUAAGACUUUUGAUCAGGGUUUAUUUAGUUUACCAAAAUUAUGAAGAUAAAUGUUCAUCGACAACCUUUUUUCUGCAUUUACAAGCUAAUAAUAGCCCACAUUACUGCUGAUAUAAGCUCUGACAGUUACACAUUUGUUUUGUGAGGGAGAUUAUGAUGAGAUGAAAAUGUUUGUAAUCCAAAAUAUUUCACAUUUUAAGUUAAGUUUAUACUACAAGUGUCCUGUGGGGCAGAUUCUCUGCUCUCAUGUUUCUGCUUCUUUUUCAUUUAUAAACUUUUCCUGGUGUUCGUUGACAAUCACAAAAUACUACUGGCAAUGAGGCAACUUCAGGUUCAUAUUUGACAUUUUUGUGCUGCCAUUAGCGUUAAUGACUCAUAAUUUUGUCCUAAUUUGGAUCAUAUUAGUAAAUUAGUACUUUUCACUGUAAUGAUCAAGUCUAACCUCUUGAAGGUGCUGCUGAGCAGAGUGAACAUACUGUGUCCAGCACCUGCCCAGGGGCGUUUCUGGACUCAAAGACACUGGGGGCUGAGCCCACCCCAACCCCACAAAAUAAAAGGAGAAAUGGAAAAUAAAUACAGCCAUAGUGGUUACAGGACAUUUUAUUUCUUGGCUUGAAGUGUAGUGCCUCUAUAUUAGUUUAUCUGUGGGGAACACAGUCUAAACGUAAUCAUCCAAUUGAGGUGGGGAAUAUAGGUAGGCUGAUUAAUUGGGUCAAAUGAAAAAAAUGAAGUAAUCAGAUCUGCAGCCACUACAAUCAGCUAAAGAAUAAGAGUUCAUAUUUGUCUGCGGCAUUGAUACGUCAUGAUCCAUAGCAUUUAUAGGCUAGCACAAUAUAGGUUCUUUUCAUAUCAUAUAUUUCUUUCAUUUCCUGAAUUUACACAGAUUUCUUGCCAAGAUAACCAUGUUUAUUUAUGGAACAAUGGCUUUUAUCAUUAUUAUUGGAUUGGUAUAUUUUAUUAAAUGCAAAAACCACAAAAACAACAUGGUAACAGCAUCAAACAUCAGCAUCAAUAUCAGCUGAUGAAAAAACUUAUUGGUUGACCUCUGGUGGCUUAAUAUAGAUGUAUGUCUGUGUCCAAUUUUUCCUUAUCGCCUCUCAGCUCAACACUUCAGUCUGAUUUUGCUCAGAUAGAUUUAGAAAGCACUCAAGUUUCCUGGUUUCAUGUGACUGACCGGGAAACUGUUCCUGAGACUCUAAGAGGACAGGAGGACCUUUUUCUGUGCAGGAAAAACAAUGAGGUGGAGAGAGGAAACUAACAAUGUGCUACUUUUAGACUGUUUGUACAGAAAUGUGUAACAAACGUCUUCAGAAAAACAAGGUUGGUAAAAAAGGUCCUUGGAUGCUUCCUUAAAUACCACCUUUAGGAGACACACCUCCACUAAGGAUAUCAUUUCUGUAAAUGGGAUGAUUUAUUACCUGAACAUCCUUUAUUACCUUUGAACCUCAUCAGCUGAGUCAGUAAAGGUCUGAAGCUGUCAGAGCGUUCUGGUCAACAGGAGGCUGAAUAUCUGCUGUGUGUGGCUCUGUUUUUCUUUCCAUGAACCAGCCCAUGUUUCCUGACUUCCUUAGUUGUUUCCUCUCCUCACUUGCAUUGUUAGCCUGUGAGUUUCUUCUCACUCUGCUCUCAGUCUGAGAUUGUUGGAGGUCAGACCUUCUCCACACUAAGAACCAAACUGGACUUUGAGGAAGAACCGCCUCUGAGACAGAGAGGAAGAUAUGCAGCAAUUAUUACCCAACCCUUUUUUUUCCUUACCUUUGCGAAAUUGAGGACAUCCCGUUAGUAAGAGGAGUGAAGGAUGGGCAGCGUCUGACAGUCGGAUGACUCGACUUCAUCUUCAGUCUUGUCUGUUGGCCCCGAAGCAGAGGAGGAUCAGAGUCCUGUCAGGGGGUCUCUCCGCUUCUUUGUUUCCAGGCGGAGGUAGGGGAAGGAAGAGGAGAGGGUCUGAAACUGAAGCGUGUUUCAGGACAUUUCUUCCAGAGCAGAGAUUUUCCUUGACCUCCCAGUCCCAUUUCUUCUCCUCUCUCUCUCUUGCGGUCUGUCUGUCAGCGUGGACACGACACGGACUGCCUGACUGCCGCCUGCUGGAGAUGUCAUUUCAGACGUGUUGUCUCUGGUAGGUGAUCCUUACUGACAGUGAGAAUGAACACUGUCGUUACUUAAAUACAGACUCGAUUCAGGAGGAGAGCUUGGGUUUCUUUCUUUUUUUGUCCUUUUUUUUUUAAAAUAAUAGACACUGGACUGAGAAUGAAACGAAGGCGCAAGUACUGGUUUUGGAGCCGGAAAGGUAAAGCCCCAAAGAUGUGUCUGCCCUGCUGUUAUGGUAAGAGUUUAACACUGACACAGAAAAUGUUUGGCUUUAUGAGAUGUGGGUUAAAAGUGAAACUAAAUCUGCUGAGGUGAUGUUAAUGGAUCCGAGAUAUGAUGCUGUGCGGCCUUUAAUGUGCUGCAGCUCCAUAAAAUAACAGCCAGUGAUGUGAAAACUGAAAGGCUCCCUUUCCUCUGUAGUUGUGUCUUGGCCUGGGUUCAGUAAGAAAGUCAGCGGUUUGUCUACACGAUGGUUGGGUAAAUACUUGGUUUAGUGUUGCUGUCACAUUGAGUACCAGGCUCGGUGAUAUGUCUCAAGGCUUUACGGGUUUUGUGGGGGCCUCGUGGUGAACUUCUCCUUUUCUCCAGUUGAUGCUGUGUCCAAUUUGUUUGUCUUGUAUGUAUUUUAAAUUUCCCAUGAGAACAACAGAGUGUAUAAUCGAGUAACAUCUUCAUCUUACUGUUUUCAUGUCUUUGUCUUAUUAUCUUGAAUUUUACGUACUAUGUAAAGCCUCUUUGAGUGUUUUUAAAAGCGCUGUACAAAUAAAAUGAAUUAUUAUUAUUAUUAUUAACAUACAGCUGAAGUUAGAAUAAAACUAAAAAAACAUGUACAGAUUGAUUAUUUUAUGCACAUUAAAAAAUACAAUAUACAUAGUUAUCUCAGCCAGUCAGAUAUUUAAGAUGGAUUUUAGUUGGAUCAAAUAUACAGUAUAGGAUACAGAAAGGUUAGAAAAAGAUGAUGGUGACAGCAGCCUUGUCGGGGCUGAUAUGAACAUGAUGUUGUCAAACUGCUGAUAAUUGGCCUGAUUUAUCAGUUUGUCUCUGUUUUGUUCCUCUUUGUGUCUGUCUGUUAAUUUUUUUUCUGGAAUUAUAUUUCUGAGCCAUGAUCUGCAGAUGCGCGUACUGUACAGAUAAUAUUGUGGAUCCCCAAUAAAAAUCAAUGAAGCACAUUGUGAACUAAGCCCUCGUUGGGUCAUUGAGCUUCAGUCUGGACUCCAUCUGGAUGGUCUAACAGUUGUAGAUCUGCACAGCAGAGUGUGAGGGAGAAUUUUAAUCCUCCAUGUUGGAAAUAAAACAGACGUCUUUGUUCUAAAAAGCCUGGGAACCGUUUCCUCCUCUUAAGACCCUCAUCCAGACUCUAUGGCCUUUUUGGCAACAUUCCUGAUGGCCCAUCACCCUGCAGUGUUAGUGUGCUGUGUGUCUUGAACGCAGCUUGGCAGGGCGGCUAUAGUUUGUAUGUGUGUUGCCACACUGCAACCCCCCUCAGCUGUGCACCUUUCUCUGGGUGGUGUUAUCCUCAGUGAGCCGGUCUGACUCACCCUCAUUUAUUAGCAGAGCAGAGGAAACAGGCUGAAGUGUUCAGCUUUCAUUCUCUCUGGCAGGAAGGAAAAGGCUGGGAGCUCCAGCCGGCUGAGUCCUUUCACCAACAUCAUUGUUUCAAGGUGGGAGACGGAGUUACAAGAAGGGGUGGAAUAAAUGUUUAAAUUAGAUUUAACAGGUAUUUCCAACAGCUGCAGAAGUGUACUGGUGGACAAUGGCUGAAUAUUUGUGUUUAUGUGGAUUGUUCUUCUAUGAGUGUUCUCUUCAGUGUUAUAAGAAUACAGCCUCCGGUAGACUGUUGGACAGGAAAGGCUGUGUUAUGUGUAAAAAUGCGACGAAAAAAGGAAAUUAUAGAUUAGAAAUAAUUCCUUCUCUGCAUACAAAAAAUGAAAUGUUGACUCCAUUUUUGUGCCAUUUCCAUGCCAAAUAAACACAGAUUUGAUUGUGAUAAGUUUCCAACACUCAUAUGCAGAUGCUUUUGAGGGCAUACAUGCGUAGGAUGAUGUAUUUGGAAAGACUGUUUACAGGUUCAGACUAGGGCUGGGCGAUAAAACGAUAACGGUAUAUAUUGAAAAUUAAUUUCUCUCACUAUCAAUGUAAAACAUGGUCAAUAUCCUGUUUGUGUCUUUCCACUUGCUGCGUUUCGUGGUGGUUUUCAGCCCAAAAGGAUGAUUCUGUUUCUCUGAGAAUCAUGUUUCUCUCCGUUGCUUUUCACGUCUCCCAUUCUCUCUUUCUCUUUAUAUAAAUUGAUAUUCCUGAAGACAUGCCUGAGUCUCGGCUUCAUGCUUAGAUUGUUUUACUGUCGAGGGAAAUACAAGGUGUGUUUGCACAUACAUUAACUCACACUUUGACAAAUUCUUUAGUCACAGUACCUCAUUUGAAGCCAUGUUGGAGAAAUUGCCAGCCCAGAGAGGCAACAAUAAUGAAAUGAAUAAUAACAGAGGAAAGUACCAGGAGUAAUAAAGCACUGAUAAUCAAAGUUGAAUGCAUGAAUACAUUAUUUGAGAUAAUAUUUACAUUAUUAUGUGGCACUAUUUUGAUUCUGUUAAUUCCAAUAUUACAGACAACUGUCACACAGAAAGUGACUGCCAGCAAAAAUAUACAUAUUUAUGUGUAAAUACUUAAUUUCUCCGAAGUUUUAUACGUUUGUAUUUUCUUUAUCCAUAUUGCAUUUUUAUCUCUUUCCACCUGAGAGACUCAGACUCUCUGAAUGCCCUUUUUAUACCCAGUCAUGUUACUAACCUGUUGAAAAUUCCCCUCAUUAGUCGAGAUCUUUCUCAACUCCAGCUGUUUUAAGUAUUACACAACUUUUUACCUGUUUGGCUCCUCUUGAGUAAGGGCAUAUUUUUAAUAAAACAAAAACAUUUUUCAGUCUCAAUAUUCAAAAUGUUGUAUUUAUCUUGGCUGUCUCUUUAAUGUUUUUUGCUAGGUUUGGCCAUUGUGCAUAACACUGCUCUAAGAAAGCACGCUAUAUAGUAAAUAUAAACUAUGCAGAUUUUACUGUAAAUAAAACAUAAUUUAUGACAAAACACUCUCCUCUCAGUGGGCUGUAAUUUCAAAUGUGGCCACCUGAGGGCUUCCCAUCAACAGGCCUGUCAGUCAGAGUCACCCAUGACAGUGUGUGUUUUUCCUUUGUUUGGAGUAAAAAUAGAGAGAGAUGCUCUGGGUUUUGUUUUGAAACUGGUGCGUCAUGAAGUGAGCACAGUUUAAAGCGUCAAGUAUUAAAGCAUCAAACCAGGACAAAUGCUCUUCUUGCAGGUUGAAAGUGUUGAGGCUUCAGUCAGCACAUGAAUGAAGCCUAAGCCUCCCAUGUUGCUUGUUAUCAGUCAGAACAGAGCGUCAGAUCAGCCCGGUGCGCUGUAAAGUGAUUACCCUUUAAGGCUGUUAAAUGAAGAACAGGGACAGGAUGUGAUUUGUAAAACCUGCAGAGAAUAUUUAUUCGAUCAGUUGGAGCAGACAUGUAUGCUUUGUAGCCACAAAAUAACUCCACACCGCACCACCAGCGUUUUAUAAAAGCAAACUGAGACUCUCAGAGGAAGAUUUUAUAUAAUCUCUCUGUGCUUUUUUUAACUGACCUGCUAAUUCUACCCACAUUAAGUCACAUCAUCACUCAGACUGAGUGCAGCCGAUCAGGAUAUGCUGACUGGGCUGCGAAACACGUGACCUCUCUCCCCUUUGCAACCACAUAAGAACAACGUGUUCAUACCAUACCGUGCACACAGCAGCAUACACAAACCCCAGAAAGUAACACACACUCAACAAGAUCUGACAGUAAAUGUGAUGAUCAUGGCUGUGUGGUAUAAUAAUCGUCAUUCAUGGUGUCUCAGAAAAAGCUCAUAAUCAACUCAACUGUGGGUCUUUCUCUGACCACUAACUCCAACUUUUUAUUAAAAGUUAAUCCAGGAAAACCAUGGAUUAUAAAUUUGCAGCAGUAAUACGCUCACUAGUAGUACUGUUACCUGCAGCUUCAAAGAGCGAGUCGGUUCACCAAUUAUUGGUCAGUUUAACUGACAUUUGAAAAUGAGUGUUGUGAAAUUAACUUGAAAAGGCUUUAAAUAGUUUCAUUGGCAGGCCACCAAUCACAGAGCUGGAACCAUUAUGUUUUCUACCCAGCAACAGUGGAGAUGGAAAAUUCUGAUUGGUUGACACACUGUCUUCUUUCAUUCAACUCUUAACAUUCCAAAACAAAUUGAAUAAGCAAUCUUUUGAAGCUCCUGUGAGGAGUUUUUUUAAGAUGUUUAUGAAACAACCUAAACCGAAAAUUUAUAUUGGUGCAUUUUGAUCCAAUCCAAUCCAUUUUAUUUAUGUAGCAUGAUUUAAACAAACACAAGGUUUCUAAAGUGCUGCACAGCAAGAUAAAAAUACAAUAAGUAACAGAACAGACGCACGAUAAAACAAUGAAGAUAAAACAACGUUAGAUGAAAACACAGUACAAUCAAAUGAAAAGCAAAUAAAAUCCAUAAAAGACAAUAAAAUGAAAUCAACCUCCUACUGAGUGUUAAAAGCCAAGGAGAAGAGGUGGGUCUUAAGAUGGGAUUUAAAAACAGACAGGGAGGAGGCCUGUCUGAUAUGCUGAGGCAGGUUAUUCCAGAGUUUAGGAGCUGCAACAGCAAAGGCACGAUCCCCUCUGAGCUUCCGCUUUGUUUUAGGCUCUCUCAGGAGCAGCUGAUCAGCCAACAUGAGAGACCGGGACGGAGUGUAAAAGUGUAGAAGCUCAUAGAGGUACGACGGGGCAUAAUGAUACGCCAUAAUCUAGAGGUUGCUUCCAGGAGCUGCAAAUGUUUAUCUUCUUAAAAGCAUUUUAUUUUUAGGCCUAUAUUGUCAAAUUAUGAAUCAGACUUUUUUAAUAUAUUUUUGUACCUGAAAGCCUUGUGGGUCCUGGGGGGGCAUCACAUAUGUUUUUCUCAUAGUCUUCAAAAGACAUGCACAUAGGUCCAGUUAUGUCACCUGUUAGUUUCUGAAGCUGAGUCUGCUGUGCCGUCAAUGCUGCAAAAAUAGAAACCUUUAUAUCUUCAGAAUCAGUGCAUCAUAAAAAAUUAAUCACCCUCACAGUGUAUGUGGUGGGGUGGGUGAUAUGACUUAAAGUUUAUACCAUGGUACUCUAUUUUGCUUCUUCCAGUGACAGUAUUAGUGGAACUAUAAAAUGUAAAUGGAACUGCUCAUGUUCACUCACUGUGACCCCCUCCCCCUAUUAAACAAUCCUAAGGGGGAUGUUUUAGAAUUAAGGUCUUCUAACAACAAAGCUGUGAAGGACUUUUAUUUCGAAGAGCUUGUCAGAGAUGAAAUGAGUUUAUAAUUGAAUUAACUGCACUUUAACAGAGUUACGAUUUUUUUGAAUGGCUGUGUCUCCUGUAUUUUCUGGGGUUUUUACAGCCAGCCUCUUGUGGACAGUCUAGGAACUGCAGUUUUUAGUACUUGUGCAUUGGCAUCAUUUCUCAAGACUGGAGGUUUCUGCUUGAUUUUACUCCACUGAUGCUGCUGAUCUAUUAACAGAAGAUAAUUACCCUAAACUACAUUGUUUGGAUUGUACUUGACCUCAUAAACAGACCCUUUAUACACUCGUACUGUCACUGAAUCCUCUCCUAACAUGAAUGUAAUGAGGUACUUAUCGCUCUCAGGGACCUCUCCUCACUCUCAGAGUUAAUUCAGACUGGAUUAUUUUUGGAUUUGUUUACUGUGAGGAAAGAUGGGAGGAAUAAGGAGGAUAAUGAAAGCAGCCAGGCAUGCUCGACGCUGAGGUGGUUUUCAAACACUUCCAGUGAAAUAAUUAUUUAAUCAAUUUUAGUCCAAAUUAACUUGAUUGUCUGGCUCUGUUCAAGCUCUGCACAGUCAGCUUUGAUUUCAGAAGAUUUGGAGUAGAUUGACAGCAUGGAUAGCAGCUUGGUUUGUGUGUAUGUAUGUGUAUGUGUCUGUGUGUGUGUGUGUGUGUGUGUGUGUGUGUGUGUGUGUGUGUGUAUGUAUGUGUAUGUGUCUGUGUGUGUGUGUGUGUGAGGCUUAAUAUGGGAACCAAUCCAAGGUGGGUUGUUGGUAUGAAGCGGGGGCAGAUGCUGACCUGGUUGCCUGCGGUGCCCUCAUGACAGAUGUGCCCUGCUGCUGCUGCUGCAGAGACAGGGAUUUAUCCGUGUACCUCGCUCGCUGUGUUUGUUUGAGCUUUUGUUCUUUCAUGUGUGUCUUUGAACAUGUGUGUGUGUGUGUGUCUGCAGACAACACCCAUCAUUCAUCAUUGACCUUCAUAAUGUGUGUGGCGCACCAGGAGGGGGAGAGCGAGUCAAUGAAGACAGUGUGGGUUAAAAUUCAGAGUCUGCAUGCCAAAUGUGUGUGUGUGUGUGUGAAUUUUAAGUGAUGGGGGGUUUAAUUAAUGAUGUAUGUGUGGGAGGCCCAUGGUCCUGCACUCAUAGAGAUGAGGUGGGUAAUAGCCCAGAGCCAUGCCGCCCCCUCCUACCCUCUCAGCAGAGGCUGGUGACAGAGGAAAGAAAUGCAGGCUGAGCUGAGAGGAAGUCGGAUGUGACAGCUGAGUUUGCAGGAGGUUUUUCGAGAAAUGCCAGCUGCAGCGAUAAGAAGAAGAAAGGUGUGAGGUGGGCAGAGUGAGUGUUUUUGAUAAGUGGGAGGAAGGUAGCGAGGAAGGGAAAGGUGAACGUGCAAAAAUACAGAACAGAAUCCAAACCCCCUGUUUUCAUGCACUGAGAGGAGGUAAGAAGAAAACAGAAUCACUCAUAUUCAGAUCUUCUUCACUGUAAAUGGAAAUGAGGUUUUACUCUUCAUCCAAACAUAUGGCUCAGUUAAAAAAUUCUGAGAGGGAUAAAGGGUCUUGACAGUUUGAAUUUAAAAAAAUGUUGAUGUGCUCUGUGGUCUGCAGAGAUACAGGAGGAAGCGCUCAAAAAUCCCUCCUUCACUCCCUGAGCCGCUGUCGUCUGAGGCUUUAGACUUGACUAGAAAGAGCCUUACAGCUCUAUCACUUAUAUUUACUAAGAUGGCUUCGACUAAGUAAUUUAGAAAGAACAUCUAAUAAUGAACCCAGUUUAUGAAAUGUGUUGGAAAUGUGAUCUGACCUUGUGAAGGGAGUGGGGAUGCAAAUUCAUAGUCUUCUGUGAUCAGUCUGUGAACAUAUCAAUCAUUAUCAACUACUUUCUCAAAUAACAAAUGAAAUUUUGCCCCAAGUUGUAAGGCUGGGACGAUAUGCUUUUCUCCCGAUUCGAUUCUUGUACGACUUUUGGGAUGCCGACUCCAUUUAAAUUGCGAUUCUAUGAUAUUGUUGAUUUUUUCGAUUUUUAGUCUGCAUUUUUAACACCAGUGAAAAGUUGAAUGAUUAUGAUUGACUACUGACUACUCAAGGUACCACAUUUCCCCCAAAAUCUGUUUUUAAGAUUUAUUCUUAAAUUUAAAAAACUAAAAUCGAUUUUUGAACAAAAAAAUUGAUUAAAAAAUUGUAAAACAAAAAUACUUAUGUGACUCGAUGUUUUCUCCCACCCCUACUAAGUUGUAUAUUUUCCACUGCAACAUUUUUGGAUACCAUUGAUAUUCCACCUUUGAUCUAAAGAGUAGAGGGACCACCAUUUGUUGCUCUCAGCUCCCAGUUCAGAUCCAACAUCCCUGAUGGUAUGGGGAUCAUCAGAGUCCAUAUCAUGGAUAUUUUUCACAUCUGUUUAGGCUCCAUUAAUGCUGAACAAUAUUUACAGGUUUAGGAGUAACAUAUGCUGCCAUCCAGACAAAGACUUUUUUAUGCAUCUGUAAAAGUAUGGUUGUCUUUUUUAAAUUAUACUUCAAACUGCUCCAGUUUUAUUCAGAGUCAGUGUCCCAGCCUAUGUGGGUCUAUCUGAGACACAGAUGUGGUUCCAGGAAACCGUAAUAUGAACGUCUAAAUUCCUCUCUCCACUACCUGGAAGUCUGUGCAGACAGAGUUUGUACAUGUCAGGGCAGGUAAGAGCUUCAGGGUCACCUGAGUGUGACGAGGAAGGUUUGAUAACUGACGGCAGCACUUGGAGCCUCACAUGGUGCUGGCUGUUAGGUUACUUCAGAGUGAACUUUGCAUGCGUUUGUGUGUGUAUGUGUGUACGUGCAUGCGUGUGUGUGUGUGUGUGUGUGUGUGUGUGUGUGUGUGUGUGUGGAGGGAUACAGCAGGAGGAUUCUCAGAGUUGACGCUCACAGUGUGUGACAGCAGACUGAUCUGUGGUUGUGAAGCAGUGAGGAAAAGCUUAUCUUACACUGUGCAGUGUGUGUGUGUGUGUGUGUGUAUUAAGCGUUUGAUUGCUUUCCUUGUGCAGAGCAGUGUGUAUUUAAAUAAGUUAGUGUCUCUUUAUGAUUUCAUUUGCCUGCCUCCGUGUCUGUGUACGCUGUGCGCUUUAUGUGCACGGGUCUAGUAUAAAUAAAUCUAUGGAUUUGGGAACCGUCUGGUGUUAAUGCCUCCGUAUUUGCCUGUACGCUCUCAUCAGAUUACAUAUUGUGUGGAGAAUACUUAAACAGACGAUUACUCACUGUCUCUCUGAAAAGCAGGAGGCUACCUCUGUGAAGUGUCACCAUGGAAACAAAGGCCAUGCUGCUGAUUGUAAUCAAUAAACGCAUUGGCACAUAAGAGCUUUAAUUUGUUGACAUAAUAUUCAAAUCUUCACCUCACCAUUGAUGUCUAGUACUCUCUCACAGUCAUUUCCUGGUAAAUUAAAGCUCAGGCUCUUCAGAUCAUAAAGACAGAGAUACAGACUGGAUAGGAUCCUGACAUAUACGCAUCUGUUGUGUGAGUAUAUUUGAUUUAACAUUUAUUUUACCAGCAAACAAAGUAAGGCCAAAUACGGCUGUGGUGCUGUAAAUCCUCAUAUAAAGAGCAGCAUUCAUUAUGCAGUCAGGCCUUUAGUAAUGCAGGGGAUCAUAGCUUUUAUGUAUAAAGGACAGCUGUCAAUUUUUGACAGGGUUGCUUUGCGUUCAUAUUUUUAUCAUGUAGAAAAAUUUACUAUUGAGUUCACAAUGUCCUGCACAUUUAUAAUGACAGUAAAGUCGUCAUGAACUACACCACAGGUCAUCUCUGUGCAGUUUACUCCAGAUUUUCAUGUCAUUGUGACUGAGAUUACCACUGUUAGCAUCUCCACUCUCUACUGCUCAGAGCUGUACUGUGCACUCUAAUCCAGACGGCUUUCAAAAGUAAAGGAGGAGCUGCAUGAAGAGGGAAAAUGGCUAUUGUUCUACUGUGAAGUCCUAACCAGCAUACUUCCAAAAAGUCAAAUGAGUUGUCCAAUGUGCACAAUGGCAAGCUAACUGGGCGCUCUAGAUUUGCCUAAUUGAAUAACAUAAGAGCCACAAAGCCUGGCUUUUUGUAAAGGCGUUUUAUGCAAUAACUUGUUUACACAGAGAGAGGUAUAUUUUGCACCAAAUAAAUGCAUAAUAGAUCAUAUGAAUGUGUGCAAACAACACUGGUGCACAGAGAUAAUAUUUGCUCUGCAGUGCAGUUUGUGGGGCAUUUAACCCUUUGUGCAUGCUUUGAACUUUGAGUAUAAAGCCCUCACUUUGUACCAAAAUGUAGUGAAUUUGAUGUAAAACCUGCCUCUUUUAUGAACUCGUCUCUUUCAAAGGCCUUGGACAUUUCACAACAAAAGCAAAUACAGAAGAACCUGGGUUAUAUUUCAGGAUUUGCAGUAUUUGUCCAAACUCCCACUAACAGUUUGUUCUUGUUAUACAAAUCCAGAGUGACAUCACUUAUGCUUUGAGCUGAGACAAACAUUAAGAGCUUGUAUAUGUUUUAAAAAUGCAACAGCCCUAUAAGAAUCGUGUUUUUUUUCUAAACACCUAAAUGUGUUUUCACCAUUUCUCAACAGAGUCUCUGUUAAUGGGAAAUCACACACAAAUAACCAAAUGAAACCAGAUACUUAAAGUUAAACAAAUAAGGUCAGCUAUUGAAAAAGAAAGUGAAAAGUGAAAUCAGUUAAAAGGGGCUCUGUGACUUCAAGUCAUUGUGUCUUUUUAUGGACGUAGGCGGUUAUUUGAGGCCACAUGAAGGACUCACACUUCAUUCGUUUCAGCCUAUCUUCAGUUAUAGAAACACGAGUGAUGCUGUUUAAAUUUGUUUGCGUGGUGUUAUAUAUGAUUACAGAGGCUUUUAAACCUCUGUGCAGUUAGCCCACAACUUCAGUUUCAGAGCACUUCUCACCUACGCUUACUUUAAGUCAUGAAAGUCAUCCUGCAGCUCUUUUGCUUCUCUGAGUGGUGGACAUCAAGUCUGAUUCUGUGUGUUUCAUAUUUGCGUUCAUUCAGUUGUAUUUACUAAGGAAAUGUGAAGUCAUUGAUAGGUAUUAUGUCGUAGAAUUGGCAGAUGUGGUUGGUUGCUCUGCUAUUGCUGAUAAUAAACUUUGUUUCUUUGUGUGAAUAAUUUGAAUAAGAAGAUUAAAGAUUUUAAAGACAGCUGACUGUGACGAUACCUAAAAAAAUCAGGGUCACACUGGAAGUAGUUUCAGUUUUAUAUUCAAAGAUUCAACUUGCAAGUUAAAGUGAAAAAAAAGGAAGAACAUUUAUGAUCAUUCCUUUAUCAUUUCCUUGAAGUAAUAACCACCAUAUUGAUGAAAUACUGAUAUAACAUUAUUUUAUUCAUUUUUUUAUUAUUAUUGUUAUUUUAAUAGUUUGCAUUCAACAGAAUAUGAAUAUUAUUGCUAAUCUGCAUUAUGCCCUACCUCAUAACAGAAAUGAAACUCAAGCCAGUGACUGUUCUAGAUUUGGUUUGCUGUCACUGGGGACAUUAAAGGACACGCAGGCAAACACAAGUGCCAGCCCUCCCUUUGAAAUAAAUAAGUUAUUAGGACUUAACUUCAAAAAUCUAACAGUAAAACAGUCGAUAACAACACACGUCCAAGUCUGAGUCCUGGAUAUUACAACACUGGCAGCAGGUGAAGGUGUGCAUGGCAGCAGGCUGGGUGACCCUACAUUUUAGGCACUGACCUGCUGGUGUUCAUACAUCUGCAGUUAAUAACCAGCUCAGACGUCCACAGUACUGCUGCUGAUGUGGAGGUCUGGACACAGUUACAUCUCUCACCCUUCCGGUCACUAAUUACUGUGUUGUGUAAUGAGGUCUGGACUGACUCACGGUGUGUAUCGAGGUGUGUGUGACACUAGCAGUGUGUAUCUUUGCUUUGAGCUGGUCGUAACAUGUAAUUGCAGAAAGGAUUUCAUUUUAAUGAGCGUUUAUGUCCGGCACUGGUCAAAGGGUGGACCAUAAACAGUGAGUAAGAUCAUUAGAGAGAAGCACAAGCAACCUGCUGACUUUCCAGCUGUGGAAAAAGAAAAAUGUCAGAAACUAAAAGGUGAGAGAAGAUAUAAAGAAAGCAGGUCAUAAAAGAAAGAUAAAAGAGAAGGAGACAAAGACAGGAGUGAAAACAGAGAGGAUAGGAGUGUAAAAAAAAGGAGGUCAGGACUGUAAUGGCUGCCAGGUUGAAUUAGAGAAGAGACAGAGUGAGCUCCCUGACAUGAUGACAUUUUAUUUUCAACCAAGAGCCUGAGGUGUGAGUUCAUUUCACUCCACAGCGACAUGUUUCACUGACACAUUUUCUGAAAGUCACACGUCUCUCGCGCUCUCUGAGCAGCUCAAACACUCCUCCAUGCCUGUGGGUCAUUUUCACAGUUUUAACAAUAUGUGAACCACCAAGAUCUUUCUCUCACUUCGUUCUCUGGCCAACUUCAACAGAGAGCUGUCUGCUCUGAACUGCAUCGUUAAGGUCAGUGAGCUAUCAACGAAAAUCUGCAAUUGCUUACUCUACUUCCACACUUUAAAAAAGCUUCAAAAACUCUAUUUAUUCCCCUCAUCUUGCUGCCUCAGCAGUUCUCUAUGUGUUGGCUGCACUAUGAGACUGUUUGUACUUAUGACAUCAACUCUUGUAUCUAAACCUGAGAAAAGCAUGCUCUGUCAUCAUGCUAAAAAAAGGAUUACUUCCUGAAAUGAGGCCUCUAUAAGAGCUGCAAGUUUCAGGUCUGAACGCUUUUACGAUAAAACUGACAUCAGACAAAAAAAAAAAAAUGUUAUCCAUAAGUCAGGUUUUAGAGCCAACAAUCACAGAGAGCAACUGAGGAACACAUGAUGACAGCAGGUGAAAACCACACAGUAAGAUCUGCUUUAUAGAGCAACAUAGUAUACAACACUUAACUCAGUUUGAUACACUAAAGGUCCUAUCAGCCAAAAGCUCGCUCUGACUUACCUGGGAUUUUCACUGCAUCCGAAAUGGCUACAAUCCGGAGCAGCAGCGAUUUUUGCCGCAUGCCAAUUCCUACCGGAUCCAUUUGUGAGGCGAAUUUCGUGGCGGAUAACGGACAGCAGGAAUCGUGAGAACUCAGAAGAACCCACGAAUUAACGUGCAGUCGCGAGAUAUCAAGUUGUCUCUAGCCACAUAGGCUGACCAUAUAAGCAGUAGAUUGUGUCCUUCCAGAGGAGGAAAUCUACUUCUAGACUUAUAAAAUCAGCAUCUCCUCAUCCAUGGUGUCAUCGUGAUGAAAUGCUGUCUAUAAACUUUUCACAAGUUUUGUCCCCGCCUGUUUGCAUGGUGUGAAAUAUGAUCAGCCUGAAACACGGAGUGUUUUAUUUUGAAAAGAAGCCGGAUGUUUUAUUUUGUGUCUGUGCCCGACUUCCUUUCCAACACGGGUUAAUCUGUGCUGAAUUUAUGCUCCAGCGCCUAGAAUAAACAGCAAUCCGCAGUGGAACGGAAAGAAGUCGGUGGAAAUUGAUACAUUAACUUGAAUGGUUACGAUCAGCUACGAUCGGCGGAUACAGCUUUUCCGUGGCCGUUCUGCAUGCAGUGGAAAUUGGGGGUUACACUGUCACUUUUCACGACUAAAUGAUGCAAAAGUUGUACUUUUGUCUUCAGUGAACGAAUGCCAUCCACAGUUGGAGUACAGGUGACUUUUAGAUCCAUAUCAAUCUUUAAAAACAUGAUUAAUAAGAUAUUGUGUCAGUUUAUCAGUGAAAUUCUCAGCUUGGUUCUGUGUAGCUGCUGGUUUGGUUGUUAUUGGAAGAGGGUGGGUGGCUCCUAAUCCCCCUGCCUCCCAUGUUUUUUACCAUAAUGCUCAAUAAGGAAAAGAGUUCAGACUCAGUGUAUGACCUGAUGGGAGAAACCAGAGAUGGGAACGAGGAAGGAGACACUUAAAAACUAGAAUCCUCUUCUAUUCUCGUCCAACCCCUCCUCUUUCUUGUUUCCCCUGGAGGGGUUAUUCUGUGUCACACUCGGCACCUCUAUCUGCUUCAUCCACCAGCAGCAGCAGCAGCAGCAGGGCAGCAGAUGAGUCCGGCCAUUGGUUUCCCCUCUCACUGGCCCUCCCCUCACCCAACAGAAUGGGAGUGAUUGUCCAUGCGACACACACACACACACACACACACACACACACACACACACACACACACACACACACACACACACACACACAGAGUCAAAUACAGAGGGGGCUUUACUCUGGGGCUGAGUGUCGCUCCCCCUGCCAUACGCCCCAUCUCCGCUGGAAUGUGAUUAUCUAUCGAGAGGAAUGAGGAAAGAAGAGACAAGCAUCAGAGGAAGGGAAAAGGGCGAGUCAGUCUGUCACUGAGUGUGCGAGAGAGAGAGAGAGAGAGAGAGAGAGAGAGAGAGAGAGAGAGAGAGAGAGAGAGAGAGAGAGAGAGGAUGCAACCACCACCAAUGCAGCGAGGCAGCAGUUUAACACGAGCGUGAACCUGCCGAAGCGAGCGACAGAGCGCAAAGAGAGAGAGAGAGAGAGAGAGAGGGAGAGGAGGAAGAGGAAGGAGGAGAGGUCUUUCUCCUGAGUCUAGCGGUGGAUUGUAAUUUCUCUGGACUCCACCUCGCCGCUCUCACAGGAGACACAUCCUCCGCUCAGGUUAGUACCCCUCUCUCUCUCUUCCAGACUGCUUUACUGGAGCUCUGCGUCCACCGAGCGCACACACAAUGCAGCCGUGCGGCGUUGGGUUAACAGAGAGCCGAUAAACGGAAAGUGGGUGGUUCAUGACCACGGGGACUCUUAACACACACACACACGGACACACACCACACACGCCGCCUGUUUGGGCUGAUGGUUGACAAAGACGGGGAGCACACAUCACAAAAGACAAACCCGGGAUCUCACCACAGGAUGAUCCACUGACUGGUGCUGUAGAUGAGUGUGUGUGUAUGAAGAAACUACAGUGUGUGUGUGUGUGUGUGUGUGUGUGUGUGUGUGUGUGUGUGUGUAAGAGAGAGUGUGAGCUGUAUUGGCUGGAGGGGACUAUUAAUUUUCUGUAAGGCGUUGUUUACUGAGCAGCUCUCAAGACACACACACACACACACACACACACAUACACACAUGCUUGUGCACUGAGAGGCUACUGCUGCUGAUUUCAGUUAACUCUGUUUGCAAUGAUUGUCGUAAUCGGCCUCAGCUGUCCACACUGAGCUGUGGGAAAAUAUGCAAGCCUCUGUCUGGAGUGGGUGUGUGCAUGUGUGCGUGCCUGACUGUGUGUGAGUGUGUGUGUUUUGAGGCUUGCUGCUCCUGAACCUCCUGCAAACACAGCUCUGAUUUUCAGUCACCUUGUCAUUACAGCUGUAACACAAUCUCCUGCUGAUAGAUGUGAUCCUGGCUGUGUGUAGCUUGCUGCACUCAGCUCUGAUUCCUCUUAUCAACAGAGAGGGGAAAAAAGCUCCAUAAAUGUUAUCGAUAAAGCAAUGAGAUGUUGCAAUAAUGACUUUUUAAUCAUCAGGCACAUAAUAGAGAAAAUAUCCCCUCAGUUUUUUGCGUCUUCUGGUUUAAUCUCCCUGCUGCAUCUCCCUUCUGUGUGCACUCACUGGAACUCAUUUGGCUAUAGCUAUCACUGCAGUUGGAACCAUUAACUCUGUCUGCAGCACUAUAUUUCUCCCUCUCUCCAAGCCCGGCUUCACAUACAGGCAUGCUGGUGGCAGGCUGUUAGCAGAUUCUGCUGUUUGAGCUGUGACAGAGGCCAUGUGUGUCUGCGUUUGUGUGUUUGAUCCCACAGAGAGGGUCUACCAGGAUCAAGGAAGCCCUCACAAAUGAAUCAAAGCACUCUGUUUAAAACAAAGGGGGGUUAGGUUCACAAGCAGAGAGGCCUUUGUGGCUUAAAUAUAAAUCAGAGGAGGGGGUUUGAGGCGGAGAGUGGCUGUAGUCGCUGUAAAAACUGUCAUGGAGGGCUGUCGGUUUGGUAAAAAGUGCCUAAGUAACAGGGAUGUGAUUGGCUUUGGCUUUAACCCAAAAAAUCAGUCUGUGAUAUGAGGUGAAUUUUCACCAGGUGAAUUGUUCUAAGACUUAUGGUGGAGAUACACCAAUGAGAUCUCGGUAUCUGGUAUUGGACAUAUACGUACAGUGUUACAAUGUCAUUUAGCAGACGCUUUUAUCCAGAGUGAUGUACAUUUGAGAGCAAGACCAAUACGAGCACAGAUCUUGAACAUCAUCAAUGAAGGAAUCAAUUCACAGUUUAAGAUGUUUUAUCAUCACCAUCAAUUGAAAUGUCUUCACCACAAUAAUUACUAAAAAAAAUACCAAGAGCUGGGUCACUCACAAAGAGCUGGGCCUAAAAAAAUCCCAGAUGUAAAGCAGGACAAUGUGAGCCAACCGUAGCUGGAAGACUCACCACUGGGGACAACAGUGAAGACUAGUCUAGCUAAGUACAUACUGUUCUCCAAACAGCUGGGUCUUUAGCUGUCUUUGAAAGUGGAGAGGAACUCAGUGGGUAGAAUGGAGUUGGAUAAUUCACAGGCUUUACACAAUCAGGAUUUUGGAGGCCAAUCACAGAUUAGUGAGUUUAAAUAAACUGAUAACCAAUCACAAUCCAAUCACAUGAGGGAGCAAUAUGUAUGUUUAAAUGUUUAUUUACUGUAUACUCGUGUUAACUGAGGUUAAAAAAGUGUUUUUAAGCAUUUUUUUGACAAUGUUUGGCAAUUUUUACCUCAAACUGACUGAGAUGAAAAGGUUGAACAUCAAUGCCUUUGACUAUUGGAAUACACAAUCUGAUGUAGCUAAGGUCUUGUCCACACACAGACGAGAGAGUUACAUAAGCUUGUGUGACUUAAUUGUUUUGAGAAAGGCACAGAUAGGAAUCCACAUGGACCCGAAAUACGGUUUCCAUGUGGAUGAAACGCUGAUACAACCAAAAACCAUUAAUUCCUGAGUUUUCAUGUGGACGGGGCCUCAGUCAGACUGGUAUCGCCACAGUAUGUGCGUUCUGGGAGGAGAUAGCGUGGAUCAAAAUACGACAGCAAACUUUCUGUCCUUCUGUACAUUUGUACACAGUCUAAUGUCGUUUGUUGUAGCCAUUUUGGUGUUUUGAGUCUGUCAUUACUUGAUGGACAAUAAAGUUUUUUGAAACAUUGUGACCUAGCAACAUCGUCACAAGCAAACAAACACGUUAAAUGAGAGUAUUUGAGACAGUUAAAGCACUAGCCAUCAUCAUCCAUGCAAUGGUAGCAUCUGUAAAACAUUUCAAAAUGGCAAUGACGUCAUUGAUCAGAUCUGUGAAUUACGACAUAACGGCUGAUCAUACAAAUUGCUUAGAAUGUGAAAUAAAGCCUAGCUGGAUCAGCUUUUGUGACAAAGAGCCAGUCCUUCAGGCCGAUUUAUUCUUUCGGCUCUAUGCUAUUCUGUUUUCGCAAAAAUCAAAUGCACGCAUUACAUCAUCUGAUAGGUCUUUAUAUUUUGCAAGGGGGCAAACGUAGCAUGGAGGGAGCUAACCAGAGUGGUUUCAGUGGUUUCAGGCAUGAUUUUACCAUCAACUUUACAAUUGGUAGACAAGCGAACAAAGGUCAACAGAACACCGGUUAUAUCAUCAGUUGAAAUCCUGUCAUAGAUUUGACUAAAUAAAAUCUGCUGCACUCUUACAUCAGAUCAUCCUCUCUCUGGCGGAAAUGUUACAAGGAAGCUGGCAAGAAAAAAAUCUAAAUGGAUUGAACCUUGAAGCUAGUUCAGGCAUGCAACUCAAGCUACGCUAAUCUCCCACCUGAUAUGCAUCAUUCUCACAGUCCCAGUCCCUGCCUUGCCAUACUCUCCACUGGCAUGCUUCAGUACUGCACCUGCAUUUUCAGCAGCAUCACCACCUCAGCAUCCACCUGUGGGCUCUGAAUGCAGAUUCAAGUUACCAUCUCAUUACUCCUCAGUUUCUGCAUGUGAAAGUGAAACUGCAAGUAGUGAUAAGGUUGGAGCACAAACAAUAUCCUGCUGCUGCAACAAAAGGUUCAAAGCAUCAGUGUGAAAAUGUUGGCAUCACUUUUGCAGCCAGCCUGGAAAAUUUGGGGCAAAUUUCAUGGAGUUUUGUGCAUUUCCAAGUACACAUUUUCAGAAAAAAUGAAAAAGGAAUGAAUGGGCAAAGUAAGAUAAGUAUAAUUCUCUGAAAAGCUAAAUUAAGAAGAUCUUGGUUCAGCUUUAAAAGCAGAAACUAAAGACAUUUCUGAGUACAGUGAGAAGGGAACUUGUCGUUUGUACAGCGGAGGCCAUGAAUUGGGUAAAAAUGCGGUUUCCAAAGAGAAGCUGAAAGGAGGAAGGAGUGCUGAGAGCUUCUCCAGUGUGAAUAAUAAUACACAUACAGCCCGAAUAAAAACCCUCCUCUCUUCACAUCAUGGCUUCUUCUUGCAUUUUUAAAGCUUUCUGUUAGUCUGGAUGCGUGAGUAUAGGAGUCCCCUUUGGCUGGCGUCUGAGUCUGUUCUCUGCCAGCGUCUUCAUCACCGUGGGAUUUAUCCUCCUUUUCCUCCCUGCUCUCUCUCUCUCCUUUAUUUCAUGGUCUGAUGUGCUUAUUUUUUUCUUUCCUCUUUCUAAAACUGCUGUGUCAUUGUCACCCUCCAUAAGCAUCGUUGGUUAAGUUCGUGGCAGCUGCUGUUUUGUCCUCUCUGUGAACGGCGGUUUGUCUUUCUGCUGAGCCUCCAAUGACACAGGCUGGAAAUGCUGAUACUGUUUGACACUUUACUCUGCCGGGACGUGUCGGAUUAAACGCUGCUGUUGCGUGUGUUUGAGAGCGUGCACAUGCAAACAGAGGGAGGUGAUUCAAGGUAACCACCACCUUUUUUAACAUGGAAAGUGCAGAUCUGUAGAGAAAUGAUGACAAAGGAGCUUUCCAGAAAGAGGAAGAGGAAAGAUCAUUUCUUUUUCAGCAUGCUCAGUUAGAAAAAGGAAGUUUGAGAUGUUAUAAAUGUUAUUGUGUUGCCCUUUUUCUUCUCCUUGCCUCAUUAAUGUCCUGCUCUUGGCUGCCGGCGUGCCUGCAGGCUUGUUUUCGGGGUUGCAGCCUUUUCUAUGCAUUCCAGCUCUGCGCGGAGAAUCUGGGCUCCAGAGCCUCCACUCAGAGAGGCUCAUUCAUGCUUAGCACAAAGAUCCUGUCUGAGCUGCAAGAUCUUACCCACGCUGUUUGAUUGGCAUUAUAUUCAGCAUCUAUUUACUUCAUCCAUAAUGCAUGGAGUCAAAUCUACUUAGCAUUAAUGGAGCUUUAGAGCUCACUGUGUCUUAAAUGUACCAGAAUAAGUGGGAGAAGAAAAACAAAGAGAAAUCUAAGAAGAAAUUCUUCAGGAGUGUGUUAAUUUGAAUGAUGUGCAGAAUGAAUUUACUACGGGGGAUUUACUUACUUACUCUACUUCAUUUUGGAAGAUGGUGCUUAAUUUCUUACUUUAAGCCAAUCAGUAGCUUCACAGACUUGAAUACCAGACGUCUUCUGCAGAUAGUUUAAUUUUGUUAAGCAGCAACCUCUGCAGUUGAAAACUGAAGACUGUGCAGCAGCACAGAAAACUGCAGUCUAAUAGGAAGCCAGUGAAAACAACAGCUGCCAACUUUACAGCAAUAAUGGACGUGUUUAUGGCCCGGUACAAGAGGAGAGUUUUGGUUCCCUUUGGCUCAUUACUUUUUGACAACAGUACAGAGGGAGAGAUUUGAGGUCAUAACCCAUCCAUUUUGAUUUUAUUAAGGCUACCAGCCAGGCCUAAAUGGGACUAACUAGACGUCUGCCAGGCAGCGAGGUUGUGACCCCAAUUCCACCUCUAUGCCAGUCUCUAGAGUAGCUGAAAGUAGGAGUGUGCAAGAGGACAGUAUUAGAUCACAAAGCACUGGAACAGGUCCAGAGAUAGUUGUUUGUCAUCCACUGCAGCUCUGUGCUUCUGUACCCAUGCAUUUGACAUUUUUAUUCGCCCACAGACCAAGCAAGGAGAUGCAGACCCCUGGUUAACAAACAGUCAAAUCAAGUGAUUCUACUUAGAGAGUAGCCACAUUACUCUGAGAGAGAACAGGUACACCCCACAGUUUAGGGGGCUCUUGAUGAAGAUGCAUUGAUUUAGCGUGUUGAGGAAGACAUAGGUAGGCCUGGUUGAAUUGUUACAUGACCUGGGUGAGGAAGUUGUGGAGCAGUUGAGAGACUAGAAAUUGCAGGGUGCACCACAGGGGGAAACCACUUUAAACCAUGCAUAGCAAGUCAUGGUUUUUACCCAUGUCUCCUCAGUGGGAAGGAAGAUUUUCUGUUUAUAAAGGACCCGGCCAGCAAGCAGUCUAGCAUAACCAGGAAGCAAUAGAUGGGGAUCUUUGAUUGCUUCCAGGUAUUCACACACCACCAUCACUGGUCCAUAUUUUGGUUAUUAUACAAACAUGCUGAGAGGCUCAACAUUUUUAAAAAAUUCAAAAAGCAUUUAUACCUCAAACAGUUGACUGAUGUAAUACAAUUUCUCACAAUAGGAACUAAGGUUGCACUACCUUCUACAGGAGUGAUAUGUCAACCCUGCGUGUGUCAUAGAUGUGCUGUGGCACUGUUGAAAAAAAGGGGAAAUUCUUCAACAGUCUUUCAUUUGUAUGGUAGGCUACAGCAACACAUGCAAACGUGCAGCUUAUAUGAGCCUAGAGGUGAUUGAAGUGAUUAAUCCAUGUGUUUCACUUCUGCUCUUGGAAGACAGUAGUCAGACUUUCUCAUCAAAUCACUGGAGACCCCUCAGACUUGUAUCCCUUCAGGCAGAUGUUACAGAGGCUGUAGGUGUCAGAGCAGAAGACUGAAGCUUAACAACACUGCUGAGCUAACAACCAGCUGACUCCUGAUGAUCCGCAACAUGAUGCACGGUAUUUUACUCUCAUUUUAUUCUAUUCCUCCUUUUUAGCCAUGAGUCUUCAAUAAGGUUUUACGUUACUGUGCAUAUUGAAGGUACUAUGCAUAUUAAGGGUAUCUUGUAUUUUGUGUCAUGCGUAUUUAAUGUCACACCUGAGCUGCACAAACCGGUGUGUUCCUGACACUAUUGCCCAAGGUGAAUUUCCUCUCUGGGAAAGUAAAUAACAUCUUGUCUUAUCUAAGGUUAUCUAAAUUUUUUUGUCAUGGGGAAGUGAGAUAAAAAAUACAAUCAAACUGCAUAUUGUCGUGGCUUAAACUCUGAGCACAUUGCUUCAACAUGUGCACAAACCUGACCGUCCUACUGUGCAUAUUCACUGAGAUUGGACAAAGGCUUUUGAAGGAGUUUUAGGAAAAGGUCUUUAAAAUUCUUGAUCACUGUUUUAAUCUAAAAUUUUAUAGUAUUUUUAUAUACAUAAAAACAACAACACAGGUAUUUUAUAAGGAUCAUCUGCUUCUCUGUGGAGUAUCUGUUCACUGUGACCUUUCACAAAUAGCUCACAGUGUCCCCCAUCUUGUGACCAGGCCCUUUGUUGUGGCUCUUGCUCAAUGCAUGACAAUAUGACUGGUUGAAUGUCUUUGUUUUCAAAUGUGGACAGCAUGAGUUGUGACCAGCAGAAGAUGAGUAAUAAUAACAAACUGAGAAUUUCUCAUGGGGUUAUUUUUGGAGACGGAGCUGGUACAUUUUAAGUUCAGGAAGUCAUUGACUUUUGCUGCUCUGAUGGAAAGUCAAAAGUUAUUUCUGUAGACAAACUGCUUAAAAUUGGAUUUGCAUGAACACUGGAUGGAAACACAGAUUGGUUGCUAAAAAAGAAACCCUCUAGGGGAAUGUGGCUGUGCAGGGUUAACUUUCCUGAAUAGUAAUAUUGAGAGAGCAGCUGGUCCAACAGAACUAUAAUAGACUCAGUCUGAUGUUUGUUUUUUCUCUUCAAACAUGGACAGAAAAACAGUCUAUUUUUUCUGAAUAUAGGUCACUUUCUCUUAUCUCCACUUAAUCUGUGAGACAUUUCAAAUCCAUUCUGUCUUAUCAUAAAAGAGUGUGCCCGUAUGUGAAUGAGCUCUGUUGUGCUCUCAUGAACAGACCGGUCUGCUGGGGCCCGGUCAGACGUGCUGAUUGGGUGGACAGGGUAUUGAUUGACACAUUUGGGAGCUCCUGCCCGGCAGCUGUGAUCUGUUUUUGCGAGGUAGACGGGCGGGUCAUGGGGGGUAGGAGGAAGAGGAGGGGAUGGAGGGGAGAGAGAUGGAGACAGACUAUAGACUGGUAGAGAAAAAGAGAGAGGUCUGCUGAAAGGAAGUGAAAAAAAGGGAAAGAAAGAGAGCCUGCUUUCUGUCGAUGUUAUCACGUGCUUUUAUUUCCAACAGUCAAUCACAGAGCCCAUCCUCCACACUGCUGUGGAUCUGAAUUAUAUAACAUCAAUCAAUCUCCUUUGUUCCUCAUUACAAGCUCUAUCAUGUUUACUGUUUAAGAAACUGAGUAUGUCAUUCAUCUGAUAUCCUGAGCACGCCUGCAGUAAUUCUUCUCCGCAUGAGAAUUUUAUUACUGCCGUGACAAGAAUCAUGUCUUUUUCCAUCUCUUUCUCCCUCUACGUGCCCUCUGAAGUACAGUCACAAAGCUUUUCACUGUGGGAGAGGGAUAGGGGGUUCGGGGGUUCAGUCACCCACUUAGUCUGCCCUCAUUAGACGCGGGUCACAGAGCAUGUUCAGAUCAUGCUAAAAGCUUAUCUUUACAUGCUGGGGCCGCUCAGGGAGCAUGCUGGGACUCACAAAGUAGUUCUGGUUCUGAUGUACAGUCUGAUGAGGUUCAGGUCUGCAGGACAGACUGUGAAAAGCAAAGCAAACCCUCAUUUCAGCACUUUUCCUUUUGGCUGCUUUUCCACUGAUAUAAAGUUAGACACAUGGGUGUUACUUUUACACAGCUUUGUUGUCAUGAAAUCACACAAAAGUUUUGCUUUUACAGAAAACUUCUAACUUCUGUUAGCAUACAAUAGCUAAUGAUACACCAGCUGCUGUCCUAAUGUUCCCUCCAGCUGAUGGAUGUGAGCCUUAAUGAAGGUCUUAAUGCAUCAACAGCUCCAGGUUUCAGUAGCAGCUGAGACUCUAACCCAGUUUGUGUUGGCUUUUGUUUGCAAAGGAGUACAAACAGCUUUGCCUUUUGUUGUCCAGAAAAGAUGAAAACUUCCUACUGUUUUCUGGAGCCUUCGUCUUUGGGGAAAGCCUUUAGCCUUGUUGUAAACUGUUGUAUAGACAUGUCCAGGAGUAAUGCCGCCAUCCAUGUCUCGUUUGUUAUAAAACUUAACCUAGGUUUAGCAUGGACAUCAAACAGUGUAACCAAAAAUGUAUUGAAUUUCCCUUCAGGGAUCAAUAAAGAGCUUCUUAUCACAUGCAUGUAUUAAAACAUGGAUCAGCAUGAUAGCUGAUCUUUAAAUACUUGUUUUGGUUAUUGAAAAUUCCUUCUACAGCCAACAAAGUAGGGAUGCACUGAUCCAAUAUUUGAUAUCAGUAUCAGUCACGAUACUGAGGAAAAUUUUAGAAUGAGUAUUGUGACAAUAGGCCCAAUGCAUAGAGGCCAAUCUAUUGAUUCUAACUCUAUGCUAUGCGCUGUGAGUGGCAUCCACAAUUAAACACGCUGAGCGGAUGCCGACAUUGUUUUCAAAAUGGAGCUAGCAAAGGGGUCUGCUAUCUUAAACUUUAUCACAAUACCUCAGCCUACAAGCUCGACAGCCACUUGCAAUACCUAAGCAAUAAACGUUCCAAGGGGCAGUGGUAAAACUUUGGUAUCAGCUGGUACAAAACUGUAGAUAUCUGUAUCAGUAUCAGAGGUGAAAAAUGCGGAUCGGUGCGUCCCUACAACAAAGGCCCCUUUUAAGCAAAAAUCUCUUCUUUGUGUUACCUGCUCAGUACUAAACGUCAGAUAAAGACACACUGAGCUGGUGAACACAUUGGACACCAUGUACCAGGACCUUCAGAUGCAGGUGGGGACCCAGACAAAGCUUUGUGACCAUCGUUUAUGUGUUAAAAGAUAUUCUAGCAUCAUUGACUUGUUAAACAGAGGUUAACUACAUCAUAUGCCCAUGUUUGCUCCAGGUGUCCAGGGUCUCAUCUGGCUUCAUUCGCCACAUAAAGGCUUUACAACGCCUUUUAAUUUUCCCUCUAUUCUGUUGUGGCAGAAAACCAUAACUCUUUGGUAAUUGUCCAUUACAGAGGGACAGGAGGAGAGGGAGGCAGACGCAUCUGCUCUUAUUCAGAAGCAAAUCUCCUCAGAGUCAAGCAUGACAACCUCAGACAUGUGCCCUCACACACAUUACCGCCACGUGAAGCGGGAUGAUUAAAGGGGUGUGACUUGGCAUGUUAAUACGCUCUCUGUGUUGCAUUAUUAAUGAGCCACAUUUGAACGGCAGCCAUGUAAAUGAGGCCUAAGAUCUUCUGCAUGCUUUUAUAUAUUUAACAGUAUUUUGAGCUCAUAAUUUGAGGUGCAGACCCCCUCUGUGAUGAAGGUUUUUAAUUUCUAAAUCUCUUUCUGGGACAUUUACUUCUGCUGCUGUUGAUCAGGGCUGAGAUUUGGUUCAUUUUGGCUUUUGGGGGUGCGCAGUCAGUACAGUGUGUAAUGUAUUUAGCAGAAAAGAGGUUAGGAAGAUAACACGGAUCAUCAUAUUACGAAAUGUGUCAAAUAUUGGGUUCAUAGAUUAUUUCGCAAGACUGCAGAUGAUUAAAUAUUAACUGUUACAGCUGGUUAAUUUUCAUCCCUCACUUCUCCCUGCACAUGUUCUCCCCCCUCCUCUCCCCUCCUCUAUCUUCACUCUCCACUGAUUUUCACUAACAGUUUCCACCCACUCUUCUUCUACUUUGGUGUCUCGUCUUCCCACUCCAUCUCAGGGUGACUCUGGCCUUGAGUGCCGGCUAACCCAUGAGGCAUUAUUUUUAUGGAAAUGGAUGAAAGUGACCGUGAAUCAAUGCCUUGAAGGACGACUUCACCCUCCUCCCUCCCUCCCUCCCUCCCUCCUCCUUUUUCCCCUCCCUCCUGUCUUGCACCUGGUGACUCUAGUUUCCAGGGAACCGGUUUGUGCAGAAACAAGGCAGGCAGUCUGAUGGGUAAAGACAGAGCACAUGAAGUAACCAACUCUCGGGAAAACUCAGAAAUAAAGAGGUUCAUUGCUGCUAUUGAUGCUGAUAAAAACCAAUCAGAGGAGAGAUUCAGAGAUGGAUUAUUAUCACCAGGUUGACAGGAGACAGAAAACCGAGCCAUACUGGAGAGAAGAGAUCUCAGGUACUGUGGAGGUGUUUUCUUUUGGUCAACAGCCAAGCCGCUUAGACAUGCCAAAAACUAAAGUUUGUUUCAGUUUCUGUGAAGGCAGUAAAGGUGGACUAUGUGUAAAAUGUCAAGAAGAAAGCGGAGGAAGUGAAGGUUCAACCUCAAAAAACCCACACACAGGUGCUGCCAGACAAGUAACCCAUCGGUGUUUGUAGAGUCACUUUAGAAACAUUUAAAACAUGCAGCCGAUGUUUUGAGAGGAAGUAUUCUAGAUAAUCACUCAUGACAAUGAUGAAACGAGAAGUGAACCAAUUCUAUUUUUAAGACAAGGUUGUUUUUCUGCCUAAUAGAGUUCAGAUUAUUUACAAACUGAAAUCAAGUAACUUCUACUUCCACAUUCUAUGACUUGAAAUGUAGGAGCGUGUGACAUUUUCAAAUACCAGUGAGAUUGUGGUAAGUUAUUUGCACAUUGUCUUCUACUAAAAUCUGUUGGAUGUUUGUUUUAAGCUUGGGAAAAUGUUUUGGUUGGUAUAAAAGAAGAUUUAUGUUUAUUCUUAUUAGAUUUCUGCAAAAGUUUAGAACAUCGGUGUAAGGGAUUGAUUGGGGAUUGUUGGUCUCAUUCUGAACUUUUUCUGGUCUAUAAGUCAUUUUGAGGAGACUUACAGAAAGCGACAACAUUGUGAGUGUUGUGUGAAACAGAGUCCAAACAGGCUGGGGGGUCUUGUAUGAGUUCCUCUUCUCAGACUCCUUUCUGUUGUCAUUUUCCUGUGACUCAAUCAGCCCUGUAACUCUGCCAAAGCCUAUACCGUGUUGCGGUCUGUGGGUUCUUUGUGCUGCUUAGUCAGACAACUAAGUCCUUUUUAAUUGUGAUUAAUUGUACUUGAAAAGGCAUGUCUAGAAAUACAUUAUUUUGAAUUUCAGACAGCUUAUAAAGCAAUCCCAACCAGUGUCUUCAUUUGUUCUUAAAAUGAACACCAUGAAAUGUACUUCAUGAUAUUGACUUUUAGAUUUACUAUUUAGAGCUUUUGGAUUUUGCAAUUGUGUGGACAAAGAGGUGCGAGUUAUUUGUUUCCUCGUCUUAACCAACAUGUCUAAGCAGAGUUAGUUCUCUAGAAAAAUCUCCUGCCGCUGACUUUUAACAAACAUAUCACUCAUGAUUUUUUGUCAGUAGCUGCGUUCACAUUGGCACAAACAAUCAGAAUAAAAAUGCAUCAUAUAAACAUGUCGAUUGGAAGACUCUGAUCCAGUUCAGCUCAAUUGGGAAGCAAUUGUAUUCCAAUCAAGAGGGAUGGUUUAUGCCGAUUGUUAUUUCGAAAUGCGUCCAUGUAAACACAUGGAUUAUGAGUCCAGUUUAGUUGCUUUCUUUGCCUCAUGCUGGUCCUGUAUGCACAAAACUACUGUUUCUUGUUCCCCGGUCAAGCUUGUGGCAAAUUUAUUUAUUGAUUUAUACAUCAAAGGUCAACCAGAAGAUGACCCAAUAGUAGCUGAAAGGGGCGGACAUGCAUCUGUCUAUGAUUUCAAACUCGCGGGUCCUUGUAAGAUGGGAUAAGCACAGUAAUCCAGUCAACUCAUCUGAGCACGCGUAGACUGAUAGUUUCUAUGUGUUUUCUUCCAUUUGGUUGAUGUCUAUCACUCAGCUCUCUGUGUGUUUCAGUCUCCUUCACUGUUUCUGCACUGUCGUCUUUUUUUUUCUUGGCUGUGACUGAUCUGAAAGAAAGAUCUUCCACCGUGCAGUUAUCUUCUAUUUCUGCUCAGAAUGGCAUCUGGUUGUCGUCAAUAUAGGCCUUUAUAACUCUUAACACAUUAAACAGCCUCUCUCCACAUCUUUAAAUAUCACACAGAGAUCAGGAGUAGAGAGGAGAGCGAAGUAGACCCAGGUAAUAUCCCAUCUUCAACACCUCAGCCCACUGUUCCUGUUGCUACACAGCAGGUGAUGUGACUGUAAACAGAGACAGCUGGGGACUGAUAAGAGGUUUGUUUACACCACAGUGAGAUACUGAACAUAUACACAGAGUUGUAGUUUGAUAAAUGUCACAGCUCAUUUGCUGCCCUGAAACUGUCAAACAUAAAUCCUCACUGUGCUCCCCCAAAUAAGCCCAUCUCAUUAAAACUAAACAUAAAUAAGGCAUAAACCCUUCAUUUAAUGAGUCAUAGAGGGAGCUGCCACUAUUUUCCUCCAAAGUACUCCAGUUGUUUCAGGAGAUGCGUCCAUUAAAGAGCCGAUUGCCUCCAAAGUAACAGCUAAAUGACAUUUUUAUUUUCCCUGAAUGCCAUCAUUGCUGGAUUUGCUGCACUUUGCCAUCUGCGUUGAUGUGAUUUUAAAUCAUGAUGUUAACUAGAGGAAACUGAACAGAAACACAGUCACACAACAGACAGAGGAUGUGUGUCUUUCUGUGUGAAAAUCCUUAAGAUGGUGGACAUCAGCAUCUCAGUAACAAAGGAAAUCAAAAGACCCAACGAGGGAGGCGAAAAAUGUGGCUUCAGAUUGGGCAAAUUUCCACAGAUAUACAACCCCACUUCCAAAAAACUUCAAUGGUUUGCAAAUCUUUCAAACCCUUUAUUUCAUUAGAAGUAGUUCAAUAUAUAAACAUUAAUGUCCAGAUGAAGAGCAAGUGGCAAUAACAGCCAAUGCCUGAACAUAAUAUUAAGUAGGAGAAUAAAUUACAUCAUUACAAGUUUAACACAACAGCAUUGGUCUUCUGUCUGACACAAUGAGCAGACAGUGUUUGUUUCCAUCUACUUUUAUAGUUUAAUUGGCUUCAACCUCUUGAACCUCAGAAAGUAAGAACUUACCAAUAAAUAUUAGCAGGACUUUGCAAAGCCAGUAAAGGCAGAUGUACAGAAAGCCAAGAUUUCUGUGUUAGAUUUAACAAGUUUAUCCAUCUCCACCCAACUACCUGUCAUUAUGACACAACUUUAGCACAGGUUUUUGAUUAAAACUUCAGUUUAUUACCAUUUUGGUUUGCUCCACAGCAUUUCCACACAUUUUCUACAAUGGAAACACAGUUUUUCUUGUUGAUAAUCAUUUCAGUCAGUCACUCUAAAAAUUGAUUAAUUACCUUAAUCAAACUAAGAAAUGUAGUCUGACUGAAAUUGCUCUCAAAUAAACUUCUCAUAGUCAAACUGACAUACCUGGAUAAUGCAUUUGGGGACAGGCAAUAAUUUGUUCCUUUUCUAUUACUUGAAAACAGGGACAUGGAAGGUUGUCAAGUUAAACAGCCUAAUGGAGCUGUGACUGUCUCUGCGCAUGUAAACGUACUGAAAUGUCACACUAUAAGUUUAGUCUUGUAUUUUGAAAAAGGGAUUUAAUCAUUGAUGUGCUUUCAGACCAAAUCAAACCAAUAGAAAACAAUCAGAAUGAUCUGAAUCUUACUGAGUACAAUGAGAUCAAGCUCGCUGGAGCAGAGUCUAAUUACAUCAAGUGGAAUCAAACUGGAUUAAAUAAUUCCAAUUAAACCCCAAAUCACAUCUGAAUCCAAUAAAUCAGAAUCAAAUUGAAUCAGUUCCAGAGUAACCCAAUUCAGUUCAGUAAAAUUGAACUCAAUCAGAAUAGAGUGAAUCAAAUCUAAAACAGGUCAGCUGAAUCCAGUGGAGUCAAAUCAAACUAAUCAUAACCUGAUCUAAUCCUACUGAAAAGAUUCAAAUCCAAAUAGAAAUAUAAUCUAAUGUAGAGAAUCUUACCAGAUCAGAUCAAAUCAAAUCAAGUUGAACCCUAUUAAAUUGAUCCAAACUAAAACUAGACUGAAUCAUUCAGAACUGUUCUACAUUUUGGAUGGAUUGUCCCUGAACAGGGUCAUAGCCAUCAAGGCCUUAAGUGGAUUAUGUGUCUUGAAAGCAGAGAUUCACAUCAAAUAUACAUUUCUGAGCCUGAGAUUUUUUUGGGACUUUUGUUCACAUGCAGGUUUUAUGAUGUGAAACAGUUUCAUGUGUUCAUGUUUAUUUAUGUUUCCUGACAGUUUCUCUUUUGGUGUUGGGUCAGAGAGUCUCAGUGAGCACUUCAUUUCAGACCUCAAGUGUAUGAAAAACAAGAAGUCGAUAGUCGGGAUGAGGAAGUGAGGGGUCAGGCCAGAGGCUGAUUUAGUUGACGUUCCCCAUCAUACAUCAUAUGUGAAGUACAUUUCCCACCCCACCUCCCUUACCCACACACACACGCACGCACGCACGCACGCACGCAUGCACACACACACACACACACGCACCUCAGAAAGCUGCUUAUCUGACCUUUAUAUCCGUCUGAGAUGUUCUGACUUUUGUUCCAGCUGAGAGUGUGUGACGUGAUGUUUGUGUAGAGUGUGUGUUUGUGUUGGCGGUGCUGACAUAGUAACACAUCCCCCACCUCAGGAAACAAUAGGCACACGAUGACUCUGGUCACAUGUCUGCUGAAGAGUGUGCGUAUGUGUGUGUGUGUGUUUGGUGGGGGUUAUGGGGCUUUAGUUGAGUGGGUGGGUGUUUGAUAUUUAGGUGAAAGUUUCGUUAAGCUGCUUGUGUUUUUUAUACUAAAAACUAAACUUAUGUAACACAUCAAGCUCCUCUUUAUGUACAGCAAAUACACAUUAACUACAGUUUAUGUGUGUGUGUGUGUUUGUAUGUGUGUGUGAGCAGCUUGCAGGCCUGUCAUGAGGAGACCAGAUGGCGGGUGGAGAAAACCGUCCUUUAAUCCCCCUGCCAGGAUAUUAUACACCCCCCAACACGCACACACACACACACACACACACACACACACCUCUUUUCAGCUGUUUAGCCUCCCUCUGAGUGUGCCCACUUUCCUCUUAUGUGGUUUCAUUAUUACUGUAUAUCACUGCAGUCUGACUUUUCUAAGAACUUGAUGGGAAGUCUUGUUUGGUACAUUACAGGAAAUAGCACAACAUUUCAAAAUAUAAGUUCUCUGAAAGAAAAUUCAGUCAAAAAAACUGAAUCAUCCAUCUGACAUAAGGGUAAAAUUUCUUAGCUUAUAAAUUAGGGUUAGCUUAUUCAUGGUUUGUGAGGGAUACGCUUCAGUUUAACAAGACUAAAAGAUGAGAAACACUUCCAUGUGUUUAGGAACAAGAGGUAGGAGGUAUCACUUUUUCCACUGGGGGUGCUGUAAUACAGACAAACCUAAAGUUCCUCACAACAGCUUAAAUCUUUUUGUGUUACAAUAAAAAAAAAAAGAAUUGAGACAGAUUUGUGAAUAUGUUGGAAAAUAGAAAACUUUUAAAUAGCAAUAUUCUGUGUCGUGUUAAGAGCAUUAGUAUACUAAAACCCGCUUUCCAGAAUUAGAGACUCUGUAAAAUUUUGAUGAAAGCAGAUUUUGAUGCUUCGCAAAUUAGUUAAAGCUUAUGUUUAAUUUAAAGUAGCACAAUGGCAACAUAUUGAAGCUAAAAAGAAAAAAAUAUAUACGUAGUUUAACAAAAACAAUACUAGUAUUAAGUUGGCAAUAUUUUAGAAAAGUUCAAGUCUGUCUUAUAGUUCAACAGUUUCAGAAUAAUGUUCCUGAGUGUCAAAUGUGAAAGAAUGAGUGGAUUUCAUCAUCUAUCGUACAUUUAAAGAUUCAGAGAAUCUGGAGAAAUCUUUGUUAUAAAGGGACAAGGACCAAUGGAUGGUCCUGAUCUUCAGGCUCUCAGGCAGCACUGCAUUAAAAACAGACAGGACUCUGGAGUGGAAAUCACUGCAUGAGCUAAACUCUGAGCACAUGGCUUGUUGCUGCAUCCACAAAUUUGGUUAAAACUGAACCAUGUACAGAGGAAACCAGAACUACUUCCACAUCUGUGAAGGCUCCAGUAAUGCUGAACAAUAUCUACAGUUUUAGGAAAGUCCUUUUGUGUGACACAGCUGACAUGUUUCUCUCUGUCUGACUUUCCAGCUGCUGCAUUGAAAUCAACAUCUGCACUGAUCAUCACCUACAGCUUUGAUGCUUCACAUUACAUCAGACAGAGCUUAGAUGUCUCUUUAAUUGUGCCUUGGUUGUAUUCGAGUGUGUCGCUAUGAAUACUCAUGAGAGAUCAUCAUUGUUUUUACGACGGUUUCUAUUUUCUCUUUAAUCUUUUAUGUGCAUAUUAAAUGGCUGUGUUGAUAGAGAGUGAGCUCUCCCCACAGACGAUGCCCUACAUAUCACAGACAGACUAAUUAGAGUCUCUGUCUCUGAGGGGUGGUAUUCCUCUUUUUCAGUCUCAAAACAAACACAAGUCUGCUCCUGAUCUCAAUAAAUGCAGCUACUGAACCAGUGAAGCAGCUUGAACAUCUUCAGCUCAGAGCAGGUCCAGCUGCUGUUUUGUGUUAAAAACAGAAACUAAUAUCUGUUAGCUUCCUCCUGCCUAUCCUUUAUUUGAGCGUGUAAAUGAAACAUGGAGCUUCUUCUUUUUUUUGCUUACUUUUUCAUGUUUCUUAAUUUUCUCACUGUGAAUCUUCUGUUUGUUUGUUGUUGCAGAAAAGAAAGUCAAAGCUGGCUGUUUGCAGUCCAAGAGCGCUGAUGAGGAGGCCUGCGUGGCGGUGAAAAUCGAACACUCAAGAGGUGAGCAGCACCACCUUCAGUCAUUUAACGCACCGCUGUGACUUCUUCAACUUUCUCUUUUAAACAGCUUUAUUGUUAUUUCUGCAUGUGCUAAGUUUGAUUAAUGAGUGUGAGGCUAUUCUUGGGCUUCUUCUGCGUUAAAAUGCUGAGGUUGGUGUCCUCUUGUUGUUUUCUGUUUUCAUGCUGUGGUUAAAACUGUCUGCUCUUGCAUUUUUGAUCGUCAUCUUGUGAUGUGUGGCCACAUCAAGAGCCGAAUUAAGAUGCAAAGCUUUUUUGACUGACAGUCACCCUCUCUGAUGCUCAGGAGGGGGUCUGCACAUUCUUGCAUUUAGAUCAAGAUCAUGCUGAGAGUGGACAGCUUUUUCGGUUCCGUCUGAUCAGAUCUUUGGAGAAUUUUUUUAUGUCCAAAAAGGUGGGUGAAGUAAAAGAAAAUUGACUUAAAAAUGCAACAGUACCUCGUAGGAUUGUUGAAAAUUGUUUUACAUGAAAAAUGAUUUAAACUGAGAGGAUAAAAAGGAGUAUAAAUGAGGAAGACACACUAGAGUUAGCGGGUCAAACAAAUCAAUAUGCUGACGAUCACAUGUUCUAUCUUAGUGCUCAGUGCAGUUUGUCAGUAUUUUAAUCAAGAAAAUGGAGGUAAAGUUUGGUGUAGGCUGUUUUCUUUAACUGGCAUAGCCGCUCAGACAGUGCAUGUGGAUAUUAACCUGUGAAAAGCAGGUGGUGUUAGCUCUGAUAAUGUUAGCAACACUCUACAACAACAAUUAUUGUCCCCAGCAGACUGUGAUCCCAUGUUAUGUCCCAAAUUGAGCUCACUUUUAACUGUUGUAUGAGUCUCAUCUCAACCCAAAGGAUGUUUCCAGAAAAUUUUGAGGUUUCUUUAGCAUUUUUGUAUCUUUUUAACCUUUAUUUAACCAGGUUUGUCCCAUUGAGAUCUGAGGAUCUCAUUUGCAAGGGAGACCUGACCAAGAAUGGCAGCAGUCUAUUUAACGCAGUUGUAUUUUAUACUGAAUAAAUGCCUUUAUGUAAAGUCAGCCCCCAUUUACAGUGAUGCCAAGCAGAGAGAAAAAAAGAGAACAAGCCAAAAAUACAAGAUGAGCGGGUACUAGUCUUAAUUUAGGAUUUGAAAACUCCAAGGGGAACUAAGGUUUACAUAUUUAAAGUCCUUAGCAACAAACCCCAAGCUGAUGCAGCAUAAAAACUCAAUGUUGAUCCCCUGAGUUCAGAACAAACUUGAGGAACUCACAGUAAAAGGCUUUAACUGGACUGGAUUUAAUACAAUACAGAUGACUGAGACAGGAGAGAUGGGAUUUUUUCCUGUCAUGGCCGAACUCUCCAGAGGUGAGCAACAUCACCUUCAGUCAGCUUAAUGCUGUGACUUCUUCACCUUUCUCUUUUAAGCAGCUUUAUUGUUAUUUCUGCGUGUGCUAAGUUUGAUUCACUAGUGUGAGGGCUUCUUCUGCGUUAAAACGCUGAGGUCGGUAUCCUCUUGUUGUUUUCUGUUUUCAUGCUGUGGUUAAAACUGUCUCUUCUUGCAUUUUUGAUCGUCAUCUUGUGAUGUGUGGCCAUAUCAAGAGCCGAAUAAAGAUGCAAAGCUUUUUUGACUGACAGUCACCCUCUCUGAUGCUCAGGAGGGGGUCUGCACAUUUUUACAUUUAGAUCAAGAUCAUGCUGAGAGUUGACAGCUUUCGGUUCCGUCUGAUCAGAUCUUUGGAGAAUUUUUUUAUGUCCAAAAAGGUGGGUGAAGUAAAAGGAAAUUGACUUAAAAAUGCAACAGUACCUCACAGGACUGUUGAAAGUUGUUAUACUUGAAAAAUGAUUUAAACUGAGAGGAUAAAAAGGUGUUUAAAUGAGGCACACGCUAGAGUUUCUAGAGGGUCAAACAAUCAAUAUGCUGACGAUCACAUGUUCUAUCUUAGUGCUCGGUGCAGUUUUUCAGUAUUUUAAUCAAGAAAAUGGAGGUAAAGUUUGGUUCAGGCUGUUUUAUUAAACUGGCAUAGCCGCUCAGACAGUGCAUGUGGAUAUUAACCUGUGAAAAGCAGGUGGAGCUAACUCUGAUAAUGUUAGCAACACUCUACAACAAUAAUUAUUGUCUCCAGCAGACUGUGAUCCCAUGUUAUGUCCCAAAUUGAGCUCACUUUUAACUGUUGUAUGAGUCUUGGCUCGACCCAAAGGAUGUUUCCAGAAAAUGUGGACAUUUUUUUUAGGUUUUUUUCAUCUAUUUAACGCUGUUCUAUAAAUGCUUUUAUGUAAAGUCUGCCCCCAUUUACAGUGAUGCCAAGCAGUGAAAAAAAGAGAACUGGCCAUAAAAAAGAUGAACUGGUACUAGUCUUUAUUAAAGAUUUUAAAACUCCAAGGGGAACUAAGGUCUACAUUUUUAAAGUCCUUAGCAAAAAAAACCUUAGCUGAUGCAGCAUAAAAACUCAAUGUUGAUCCCCUGAGUUCAGAAUAAACUUGAGGAACUCACAGUAAAAGGUUUUCACUGGACUGUAUCUGAAAUAAUACAGAUGACUGAGAGAGGAGAGAUGAGAUGUUUUCCAGUCAAACCCUUUUAGAUGAACAUGCACAAAUGCUUUAUACGGCUCUCAACCAGAGAGAUCCACCCACCAUAUAAAGCACAAUGAUGAGAGUUUGAAGAAUCAGUCCCAAACAAAAAAAAAAAUAGACCUUUGGCGAAUAAUAUCCUGUACAAUACGACACCUUUAGUUUUACCGUAUCAUGCACAGUGUUGAGUCAAGAUUUGAGAAUAUCGUUACUUAUUUAGCUGUUUUCUUGCAGAGGAGGGAUGCAGGUGGAAGCUAUAAAGGGCAAUAUGAAAAGCUUCCUCUGCAGCUCACAGCUCUGCAGGAGUGUGAGAGACACCGCAGCUCUAUUUUUAUAUCAAACUGGUUUCUGUGCGUGUCUCUGUGAUGAAUGGGCGUCUUCCUCCAGCCCCCCUGUGUCUUUCUAUUUUUCACUCUUUCUCAUUCUCUCCCCUCUUCAGGUGUACUUUCUCAUUCUGGCCCAUAAAUCCCUCCAUCCUUCCCCCCCAUCUGUCUGUCUCCUAUUUCCUCCCUCUUUUGUCAUCAUGCCUUCAUAGCUUCUUUCUUCCGUCUGUUUCAUCAGACUUUUUUUCUCUGCACAGUUGGAGCUUUUUCUACACCUUUUCCUUUGAAUUUCCCAUCUUUUAUCCUCCUCUUGCUUCAUACCCUUUUUUAUCAGCCCCCCCUGCUGUUUUUGUCCCCUCACCAUCACUAGAGCCUCCUGUUUGAGAGCAUACCAGGGUUAUAAUCUCACUCUGGCCCUUGGAUUAGGGGAUGAGGGAGAGAUAAUCUGAAGAAAGUCUGGGUAGUUUUACCAAAACAGCUUAUCCCACAUGCCUCGUGGUUAUCUCUCACCCUGUCCGUCAGCAUACUCAACAACACACACGCACGCACACACACACGCACACCCACUGUUUGAUGGACACAAUAAGUGCUUCCUGUACCAGACAGAAACAGUAACAACACUCUAAUCUCACUCAGUGAUAUAGGGCAGCAGAAAUGGUCAGAAACUAGGUUUGUCUGUGUGUGUCAGAAAGGUGGUAGGCAGCACUUUUUGUCCUCAGACAGUGUUUUUCACACUUUUUCAACCAUUUAAGACAAAUAGAGCUGCAAAAUUUACACAAAGAAAAGAAUUGCAAAGUGUGGUUUUAUUGUUUGUGCAGAAUGAGCAGUCACAGUUGAAAAGAAAUUGGCAAAAAUCAUUUGUAAUUGGCGAAAAUGUUUUUAUUUCUGAGCACAAUAUACUCUGUGAACAAAAGAGAACCACCUCACUGUUAGGUUUGAACAAAUUACAAAUGUCACCAAGAGAAAUAAACGCACGGUUAGGAAAAUUGUUGACCUACAAAAAACAUUUGACACCAUUGUUCAUUAGUAAUUACUGUCUAAAUGACAAAGGUUUGAUGUCAGAGGACUGACACAUGAUUGCUAAGACAGGUAUCAGUAUGGGCAGACUUACAACUGAAUUUUUAACCCUUUGAAAGUACAUGUGGGGUUCCACAGGGGUCCAUACUUGGACCACUGCUGAUGUGACCACUGCUGUGUGUUUGGUUUCUGUGUCUUUGAGGCAUAGAUUAUUUGCUGAGUAUGAUGCUGAAAGAACUUCAGACAAUGAAAAAGUGCCAGAUACAAAGUAAAGUAAGUUUCAUCAUCCUUAAAGCUAAGAAUAUUGUUGUUUCAGCAGAACACAAGUGGAAAAUUAAUUUGAAUUUAUGUAUCGAAACUUCAACCAAUUCACCAUCAAGUAUUGCUCAAAACUGAAGGUUUGUACACAUGACGUAAACACAUAUCCUGGAUUACUGCAGCACUGUGCAGCCCCUGUUUUGGGUCAGAGUUUAAGUGUAGUCUGCAGGCUGCUCCCCACACUGACUCAUGUCUGCGGCUUCAAGAAAUGUUUGAUUAAAAUGCAGAUUCAGUGUCUAUUGCGUCAUAUUUGCAGUUUUUCUCAUGCUGCAUUGAUGUUUAGCAUGCAAAGAAAGAUGUUUGCACCUAACGUCCCACAGUUGUUGGUGUGCAUGAGUGUCUGCAGUUUAAUGAGGUGGUAAUCUGGAGGGAAUGUGGUGAUUGGAAUUUGUGCUGGUCAAACUGGUUUACUGUGAGAGGUGAAAAACAUUCCUCCUCAUGCUGCUCUGCUAUUGCAUAAUGCCUGUCAGUGAGCCUGCAGGUGUUUGACAAUGUGUGCAGCAUGUGUGUGGGAAUAUGUUCACUCUAAACUGCACACAUGAACGUGUUUUAUGUUGUCAGAGAUAGGAGAUGACAAGAGGUAUUUCUGUCACAUAGAAGGUGUGGGUAAAUGAAGACUUCCUGAGUGGGUUAAGCUGUUUCUCUUGUGGUGAAGUGAUGUCUCAAAUUAAAAAAAAAAAAAAAAAGAUUAGCAAGACCCCAGAAGAGCAGACGCUGAGAGUCUGACAGUCAGAGACACCGGUGCAGCUCUACACUCAGGAUACAAAUAGAACAUGGAGAAGCUUUGGUUCCAUUUCCCUGUGGCGACUUCUGCCAGAGGUAUCUCACUCUCACUACCUACUUAUUGAGAUCUUUGUUUCAUUUCCAUCUGAGUUCAUUUAGAUUUAAAGUCAUGUGUUGUUGUUGGAUUUCACUCGACAUACGCAGACUCGUUGAUGAUCCUCUCUUGGUAAUCUCAUUUUGAUUUCUCAAAUAUUUGCUCUAGAAACAGGCCUGAGGAGAAGCAGACGAUGAGUUGGGUGUUUGAAAUAAACCAUCAGUCUUUGGGGCUUCAUUUAGAUUUUAGUGAGCACAUGAGAGAGCUUGUGUUGGCGCUGCAGGCUGCUGUACUGUGUCUGUUAAUCAUUGAUCAGAGUAACCGACUGAUGCUGUUGGUGUAGACAGAAUACAGAAUGAGGAGUGUAGCGGCAGUUAUAUAACCAGGUUUGUCCUUUACUAGUACUUCUGUUUCAAGUAAGGUUAAUAAGAUCACUGAUUUUUGAUCUAGUUUAGGGGAAUGAGAAAAUCAAGUUGAAGGAAGCCGUAGAGCACUUUCAUAAUGCUUCAUCUGAAGGAGCUUUGCAUGUACUGCUGAAUUUAAAUCAAAAUUUACUACUCUGAAUUUACUGAGCACUGUUUAUUUGAUGGUUGCAUGGUGCAGGAAGACAGCUGUGUCAAAGUUUGGACAUGUAGCUUUUACAGUUUAAAGGCACAGAUCUUAGAGUUGCAUCAUAUUCACAAUUAAUGAAGUGUCUGUUUUAUAAUUUGUGACGUUCAUUUGUGAUGUUAUCCUUAUUUUGAUCAAACUUGACUCAGCUGUCUCCCAGAAACUCUGACUUUAGGCAUGUGCAAAAGAAAAAAAAAAAGAGAUGGUCUGUUUGACGACAUUGUUCAGUGUUAUGAUCAGUCAUGAAUAUCAGAGGAAACAAAGACCCGUCUAUGUGGUCUGGGAAAGGUUGAAAAUGAAAUGCACGUCAUGCUCUGUGGCCCAUUGUAUUAUGAUCUUAGAUAACUGCUUUUCAGGAAGUUGUCAGAAAAUUGCCCUGAUCUGUUUAGCAUGUCUGAUAAAGACUGACUGCAGGUCCAGUUUAUACAUAAAGUGAUUCAGCUUAUUUAGCUUGUGUUAAAUGCUUUCAAGCUGCUUUUUAGGACAGUGUGUUGUCUCUUUUGUUUCCAUUGUCUCAUACAAGCAUGUAGAAUUGGCAUCAUUUCAUUGCAUGACACUUUGAAUACUUUUGUACAGCAAAUAUGUAAGCUAUGAUUAUGCGCACAUGAUUAAUGCGUCAGCUAUUUGGAGGAUAAUUAUAUUUGCAGAAACUUUGAUACCUGGAGGUCACAGUAGCUUCUGAAGGUAUUAACAUGCAGAUACCCACAUCAUGCCCAUAGUAUUGCAGAUCCCUAGUAAGCACAUCUGUUAUCAAGCAUUCAUAUUUGUACUCUAGUGAUGUCGAUUAUGUAUUGUAUUUUAUUUCUUGCAGGCCUGAAAUGCUGGUCAUAUGUGGUGUUCAAACCUUAAUGCUACGACCUGCCACUAGUAGGAGCUACUGUCAUAAUGCAGUAAUCCUCUACUAUCUGGAUGUAAACAAGCACAUCCAGAUAGACAUCUCAUAGAACAGCAGUGUUUGUCAGUAUUUUGAUCUAGUAAAUGGAGAUAAAGUUUUAGAUUAUUUCUAGCUAGACAGUUUUAUAACCACCCAACUAGAACAUGUCAGUAUUAAGCAGUUAAAUGACCAAAUGCUAGCUCUAUAAACGUUAGCAACACUCUGCAGUCAUAUCUGAUAGAGUUCGCCUGACCACAUGUAAAGCCAUGUUUGCCGGUUUGGACAGUUUUUGACUUUCACUUUCACGUUCACUUUUUUCAGUGUGUAACCGGCACAGACAUUUAGAUUUUAAACUGUGGUGCUAGCUCUGCUAAUGGUACUAACAUCUGGCAAACAGGUUUGACAUUGUUUUCUAGCAGACUUUGUCUCUGCUGAGUCAUUUUAAAAAUGCACAGAGCGCUUUCUCACCUUCAGACUAGUCAGCAUAUAAUGACCCAUCUUAAUGACUGGGAAAUCUCAAUAUCAUUAUUUCUAUGAAAUGUUUGGCAAAUGAAUAAAUCUUAAAGAGCAGAUAUUUGCUAACAUAUCUCAGUUUCUAUCUCUAUAUGUUGUUCCUCAUUUUUUAAACAUUACUGCGUUUUCAUCUAAAAAGUAUUUUUUACUGCUAAAUCAUCACAGAUUCAUCUGAGGUUCAAUGACUACUCAUAAAGAUGUAAAAGCAUGACUAUAACACCCAAGCCUCCAUCGAAUAGGUCAAAUGUGCAUGCAGAGUGACUGUAUAUAUUAAAAACUUCCUAAGGUAAUGUAAUAAACUGUGUUUUUUUGCAGGAUUUUUAUAGCAAAUGCUUAAACUGCAGUACUGAUGUUUUGUUGUUUUUUAAUGUGUGUCAGUUUCUGUGGGGUGUGUGUAUCAGUCAGUGUGUUUCUGUACUUUUUAAAGCCACUUAAAUAGAGGGUGUGUGUGAGAGAGAGUGUGUGAAGGAGGAGUCUCGUGCAGCUCUGCGAGUUUCCUCGUUGAUCUGACUCACUGCCUCUGAGCUGCAUGGGAAGCUCUCACCAGAUCUAAACUUGGUCCUCUUCAGGGAGAAACACACUCUCUCUCACAAACACACACUCACAUUAGUGUGGUCCCUCACUGAGGAUACACUCCACAGCUGUUUUCCCAUCCAUCCCAAGCGCUGGGUGAGUUCAGUCACUGUGAUUUCUAACUUGUCUGCGUAGUGUUUCUUCUCUUUCCUGGUGUAUCACACUUCUUGAUGUCUUUGUUUUUGGAGGGUUUGCAGCUGAUUUCAUGUUUGUAAAGGUUAAAACAAGCUUUUGCAGGUUUGUUUACCUCUUUCUUAACUGUUGAUUUAUGAAAAUGUGACAUUGACACAGUGUUUACCUGCUCAAACUGGCUAAACUUUUGAUUUAAAAACAGUUUGUUGCUUUCAGAGAACUCUAGACUCUGUUUUUGCUCUUUUGUACUUGACGCAGUCGUAGAGCUUUAUGAUGAAUUAUGGUCAGCAUAUGUCUGUGAAUUGAAAGAAUUUCUGAUCAGGCAUGGCUGUUAACUUUCCCUCUCUUAUAUCUCUAUUUUCCCCUUUGUUUUCAGUCAUUUCCAACGAUGUUAUAAAUGUGUAUACGUUACCCAGACAGUCUUCCGAAUGAAAAUCUGUUCAUGUAAAAGGAGCAGAAAGACUAGAAAGUCCUCUCAGACUUUCCUCUUGACACAAAAACACUGCCCUUGGGGUCACGCACACAAAGCUUGAGUUUCGAGCGGUGUCAGACACUCCUCAGCCUGCUGUCCUGGGCUGUGGGGUGGGGACUCAUUGCAUCACAGACAGGUUUGCCCUUUGUUUUCUCACCUGUAGCUCUCACUCUGAGGUAUCAACAUAUAUUUAGCCAGAGGAGGUUUGGGGGGGGUGGGAGAGAAACAGCGACACGAGGGACGUGUAGGAAUCAGGUAAGGUAGGGCAGCUGUCAGGUGAAGGUUAGUCAUGAAUGUUUGGUAGGAACUUUUAUUAAUCAUUCUCUUCGUGUUUGUCUGAGAGGUUGGCUGGAGAUUAACCGGCACACCUACUCGGCCACAAACACGAGGAAGUUUGUUUCUGUGUUCAGAAGAAAAAAAAGGAAACAUAUCAGUCUUUUUUAGGCACGGGUGUUUAAAAGGUUGGCUUGUACUUAGCAAAGCUUGCUGCGAUGUAUUCAUCUUUUUAGAGUUGGUUUGUAUCAGGCCACCACUUUGUUUCUGACUUUAAUUAUAUAAAGAGUCACAUAAAGCUUUGGAGCAUUUUAGAAUCUCCAUAUACUGACUUUAGAGAACCUCUGACUCCUGAUAUCACUCUUUUUAGUCUUAAGUAAAAUAUCUGAACAUGUCAAGCCAGAACACCCCAAUGGUGCUGAAGACCCGUUUUAAAACUUUGGGAGACCGGGCUUCUAAGACUGUCGCCCCCAGAAUCUGGAACGAUCUGCCCCUCUCCCUCUGUUUGAUCAACUUAGCUUUUAUAUCUGCACUUAUUUCCAUAUUCACUUGUACUGUAUUUGUAUUUGUAUUUGUAUUUGUGUACUUAUAUGUACUUAUCUUUUGUACAGUUUUAUGUUUACCUAAUUUCACUUAUUUUUUGUACAGUGCUUUGUGAUUUUUAUCUGUGAAAAGCGCUCUAUAUAUAAACUUUACUUACUUACAUUGGAUAACAUUUUUAAGAUCUGCCUAGAGGUCACCAUGGGACUAAAACUAAACGUAUAAAUUUGCCCAUAAUGUUUAUUAGAGGUAUAACAGAAUCCACCGUCUUUAAACCUGUCUUAUUUAAUUGAGGAUUUGCCAAUAGUGGUGUCAUGUGCAUGUUUACAUUUUACAGUCUUAUGACACACAGAUACAGAUUGUGUUUGCACCGCAGAGAAUGUUCUGUGUUUAAGUGAGAGGCUGCUUUACAGUGAUUUAAGACAGACUCGGAGUUUACAGAAAACAAUAGAAAACAAUAAACUGGUGACACGUGAAAUGUUUCAGGUCAUGUGACUGACAUCUUGCUGGUUAAAGUCCAGCAAAAGUCUCAUCAAACGAGUCGUGCUGCAACUAAUUGACUCUCUGAUGGCAGCCAUUAAAAACAAAACCUGAUCUCAAAAAGAGGUCAAGCUGACGGGGAAACCCAAUGGUUAGGGCACUUACUACUGACAAGUUUAUCAGAUGAUCACAGAUUAAAAAAGCAGGAUUGUCAGACAGCUCCAAAAACCAACCUUAGAGUAACAAAAUUAGCGUCUGAAGAUUUAUUCGACUAAAAAAGCUUUGCUCUUUGUCGUCCCCAGAGGCGAACAAUGUUGGACAUGAGUUUGGAUGAUUCACUAUUUUUGGACAGGGCUUGUUUUUUUUUGUUGUUGCAGAGGAGGAUAUUUCUGUCUGUUACAUUCCUUCAUGCUCCUCUGCUGGUUUGUGGUAAACUCAUUCCUUUGCAGCUGGAGGGCAAUUCUCUGGUGCUGCAGCAUCACCACAACGUUGACCACAGACACACAUAAUAUACAAGACACACUGAGCUCAGGUGAACCACAGAGAGCUGGUUGGUUUUUGGGGAUGUUAUAAAGUCAGAAGACGCUGGGCUCUUUGCAAAUCAUUUUCUACCUAUGCUGCUUCUAACCUUGACUUGAAGGUUUUCCCUGUUCUCGUACAAGCUGUGUUUUUUUUAAUGAUUGAGAUGCCUUCAGGCUCAGUGCAUGGAGUAAAGUAAGUUUUGCACCUUCAUUAGGUGAAAGUGACGGUUGUGAUGGCAACAAAUGCAACAAAUCUCAGCAUCUUCUAACAAGGAUAGGAGCAAAGGUUGAGUCUCGGUCUCAGUCUAAAGUUCCUCAUUAGGCUGCAGCAGCAGAGUUUCGGUGGUUGUCUGUGACGCAGAUAAUCUAUACAGUAGGUGUCAUUUAAGAUUAAAAAAAGCUAAAUAAUGUCUCUGUUUGAUGAUAUGAAACCCACCUGCUUCUCCUGCAGGAGUCACUUUUCUGUUCUUGUUAUUGGCACGUCUUAGGUGCAGAGAGCAGGGCUCCUUCACAGAUGGAGGAGGGGAAUCAAAGUGUUUUUGCUGGGUGGUUGUUUUCUGCCUCUAAAUUACUAUACACAGUCUGACACUUCUGCCAAGCCAGUUUAAUGAGAAGAUGCCAGCGUGAGUGUGAGCAGCAGUUCCUGCCAAGAAACUGCAGUUCUGGGAAAGGAAGUGGAGUUGAUCCUUUAUUUACUGAAACAGAACCUGCUCUGUUACAUCGUCUCCAUAUUUCAGAAAACAGAUGAGAGAUCAGCAACAGUUCACUGCAGACACUUCACACAGAGAGCAGCCGCACUUCGUAAUUCAUUAAGAUUCAUUAAUCCACCAUGAGUUUUAGGUAUGAACAAAGUCUACACCUGCUUUUGAGUGCUCGUAGUGUUUGUGUUCAUCAUGACUGAGCACAAAUGUUGCUUGUUAUUCUCAGAAAUCACAGUUUUAAUUCAUAUUGUGCUCUGUUAUGUUCACAAUAGGCAGAUACCUUUAGAACACAGAGUUUAAAGAAAAUUUUAAUAUCACACAUGUGGCUAAAUAGCUUGUUUAUCAUGACACAUAGUACAUGUGUUUUUUACAUGUUCAAUGAUAAUAAAUCUUAUCGGGCAUGCACUAUUGUGUGUGUUGCUUAUCAAUGUAGGCUGGUGGGAGCUUCAUCCCACAGAUCAACAUGGUCGGCUCUGGUUUGGGGAAUACCCACUGAGUAUUUUUUGGUUUAAAAGAGGUCUAAUAGAUAUCUAAAUGUAGCCUAGAAGAGUGGUCUCAAAUCAGGCUCCCACAGGUCUAAAAAUGAAAGUUUUUUAGAUGUCUAAAUUUAGACCAAGUUUAGACUAAAUCUAAAUCUGGUCUCUAGCUAUACUAUACUGUAUGUUGCUCAACGGCUAUCGUAAUUAUUUUGGUUAGGUACUUGGAGAUCAGUUAUGCAAAUCACAAAUGCUUUUUGAAAUAAAUAGUUAUCGAAUAAUAGGUUAAAGUGCAACAUCUAUAUUACGUCUAAAAAUAUACAGAAUCUAGACGAUUGAAAUUAGGUCUAAAAAAGAAACUAGACGUCAAAUAGCCGACUAUUGCUCAGUGGGUAGAGCAGUAAGAGAUGUUGCUUGUCCUGGUUUUGAUGAUGUUUAGUCUUCAGCUUUUGUGUUUGUGCGUACAAACACAAUUUGGGGAUUUUAUAGGCUGUUAGCUGGGAUCUUGUCUUAACCAAGUGAUGUUCCAGCCAAACAUACUGUAUAUGGAGGCUGCCACAAGAGUGUCUUGCUUCUGGAGUGAAAAGGAAACUGAAUUUUGUGUCGGAUUUUUUUAAAAAGCUUUAAGAUAAAGUUUAGACUUUUUGUCUCGUAUUAUUUCAAGUCCUCUGAACAGAAAUCUCUGAUCUGAUCUCUAUUUUCUUAUCUUGCACUCUUAACACUUAAGAUACCUGAAAUAUCUGCACAUGCUCAGUGUGAAGUGAAAGUCUGCUGCACAGAUUCAGGCUGUGGAGGGUGGACCUCGGUAAACCUGCAGAAAACUGCCUUAAAUGGAGCUCAGUCUGCAGAGACUUCAUCUCAGCCUUAAACAUGUAUGAUAUGGUGUGUAAAUCAUUACUAAAUGUAUUCGCAUUUUCUCCUAAUGUGGAACAGAACAGCCAAGCACAUAAUUAGGAGAGAUUCCUGAGGCGGCCUCCAGGAUUGAUCGGUAAUUUCAUGGCCGUGUUUAGAAAGUCUGCUGUCCCAAACACAGCGUGGGACACUUUCCACUCAGACAGUUUCUCAAACUGCUGUCUCUAAUUACGGUCAGGCUGUAAAAAUAGAAACUGUGACUAUAUGAUUCUGUGGUUGUUAUUUUCUCUUUCUGUUCCAGGACUGCUAUGAUAAAGAUCACUGUAGGGACUAUAAAGAAGGGGUCCCAGGCUGCAUUUUUGGCUCGUAGUAACACCACAUAUAGGACAUACAUUUUUUACUCUGAGAGGAGUUGUUUACACACUCAAGCUUCAAUUAGGUACUUUUAUAUCAGUUAUACCCCUGCAGGGUCCUUCAGUGUUCAAAAUACUGCAGUUACUCAAGUGUCCACUAGGGGCUGUCACCAACAGAAUCCAUAUUGUAAUGUCUGUUUUUUAAGCAGGAUUUAACAUGUUUAAAGCCUGGUUAGAGAUGCAAAUUCAUAAUAAUCUCUGUGGGUGAAUUUUCAAAGAUUCUUGAUGACUUGAUGGAAAGAGAUAGUUGAGUUCUCCCAUCGCAAUAGUAAUAACAAUCACAUUCUUUCUCCAAGUCAUGGAUUUUCCACACAACUUAUUAAAUAUAGUCAACCAUAUCACAGUGUUAUGCAGUGUACAGCAGAUGUAGAGGCAUACGAGUUGUUUAGCAUGCUGAAUACCAACACCAUGAUAAAAAUAUUCUUCUUAAGUAUGUAGUCAUGCAAACUCCUUAGUGUUGCUACCAAAAAAAGGAAGUGAGAAUAUUUCAGACUCUCAGUUUUACUUGUUCUUACCAAAAAAAAAAAAAAAAAACAGACUGUCUAUGCUGUGCACAAUAUCUUUAUCUAGCUAGUUUGCAUUGAAUCAUGUUGAUAGCUCUAUGUAAUAGGUGACCACUUUGUCCUCUAUUUAUCUUUUGUUUUGCCUCUUCUGCUGCUUUCUCUUCUUCCUUCCUUGUUUUAUUGCCCUUCGCAAGAAGCAGUACCGCCCCCUGAUGUAAAUCAGGUACUUAGACAGCACUGCUGUAUGCCUAUUUUUAGCACCAUAUCAACAUUUGUUUUAGUUGUUAUUGCAACAGCCAUGACGGUGUUUGUGGUUAUCCAUGACGAAAACUGAAGCUUUGACUGGGGACAAAAAUAUGAGUGAGGACCUUUAGAUCAUCCAGAUACUUGAGAAGUGUGCAGACAGAGUCAAGCCUGGCUCAUCAUCACCUGAAACUACAUGUAUUCAUCAUUUUGUAUUUCUGAAAGUGUCAUUAGCAAAUCUUUAACCAUUGAGUACACAUUUAAACAAACAUGCGGGCUCGUGUGCAGGUGCCCUUUGGACCAGUAAACUACAUAAAGAGAACUUGUUUAAUACUACGGAGUGAUUACAUUUAUUAUUUAUGAAUUUAUCUUGGAGAAAACAAGAUUUGAUUAAGUUCAGUAAUUCAUUACCGUUAAAACAUGUAUUUUAAGUAUUACUUUUAUGUCACUAAGAUUGUUGCAAGCACAGUGUUGAAUUUAGAUAAACUCAAGUGGUCAUGUUCUGACUUGUUAACUUUAGAGUUAACUUCAGGCUCUGAAAUUACCAAUUAAUCCUGGAGGCCGCCUCAGGAAUCUCUCCUAAUUACGUGCUUGGCCGUUCUGCGCCACAUUAGGAGAAGAGAAGAAUACAUUCAGCAGUGUCCUCAGAAAAGGGUCAAAUCAACACAAAUCUGAUCAGAUGAAUUAAAACAACCAGAAAAGUGGAGAAGCUUGAAGCCAAAUCUGUUUCAUGGACAUUAAACCGCCUCUGUUUAAGAAUUUAGACAUUUCAGUAGAGAUCUAUUCAUAAGAACGGUCAAUUACCGUCCAUGUUUACUUAACUGUGCUCCAACAGAGGAAGAUCAGAGUUUGAUAAAACAGAGUCUGCAUCUUUUAUUCCUCUGCACACACUCUUUAAUUCUGCAUGUUAACCUUGCACAGAGCUACAUUGAUUUCUACAUCCAGCCCAUGCAUCAGUGUCUCUGAUUAAGUCACACACGGAUGUUUAAAAGUCCACCUUAAAUGGAAACUAAUGAACCAACGGUUUUAAAACAACAAGAGCACCUAUUAACUCCCAGUUAUUUAGGACCAUAGAUGGUCAUCUGCCUCUCUGAGCCGCAUGUUUAAGUACACACAAUGGCCAUGUAUGUGUGUGUAUGUGUGUGUAUGUGAGAGGUCAAAGAGGGGUAGGUUGAGGCUACUGUAAACACUUUCGGUCUGUGCCUGUCGCUCCAUUAAACCGGUCUGUCUGCUCUCUCUCUAAACACUGACGCUGAACCAUCUGUGGCCAGCUGGUCGAGGGAAAAGCCUCGCUGGAGAUGAUCAUCAACUGGAUCAUUAGCUGGAUAAUCUGCUGAACUGUCUGACACCCUCCGAUGUUUAGCCCGCAGCUGUUUGGUAUGAGCAGAUUUACAGAAAUUAAGGUACACAGCGGACCCUGCGUUUGAACGAGGUUUGACGGCAGGCGGGACAAGAGAUGGAGGAUUCGACUCAUUAAGAACAAGCAGAGAUUUACAGCAUGAUGGCAAGUUUAUUUGCAGAAGUUGCCACUUUCGUAACCUGGCAACAGUAAAUGCUGGUAAAGGCGCUCUGAAAUUCUGGUUAUGUCAAAAAGCAUCCUCAGCACUUUUGGUUGGUUGUGUAUGGAAAGAUUAAACCAUUUUUAGGGCAUGAAUUAAAUUCCAAAUCAACAUCUCUUUCUUUUUGCUCUGUCUAGAGGGGAAAAAGUACACUGUCAAAAUCUUUAUAAAGUAUUAGACUAUGAUUUUUUCAUCUGAGCCCAUCAGUUCUUCCUUUGAAAUCCCUUUUUAAAAUCCAUUUUUAUGAACAGACUUUGAAGGACUGGUUAAUUUACUCUAAUGGUUUACAGUCAUUGCGCCCUCCGUUGUUUUUGAUCGCAUAUUUAACAUUGGUACGGUUUGUGUCUGUGGGUUCUGGUGUUGUUUUAAGCUGUGAUUGAGUUCCUCACCUACUUUACUUUGUUUACUUUGUUCUUACUCGGUUGUCUUUGUUUUCUUAAAACCACUUCUUGGUCUUUGUCUGUCAAGGAACAGUAGAAACAAAGUUGUUAUCAUUUUCUCUCACUUCAUUGACUGCACUCAGGAGUUUUGGACUUGUUGUCAUGGUUGUGUUUUCUCUCUCUCUCUCUCUGCCCAUCAGCUCUCGGCAGCAGUCCGGCGUGCGAGCACAGCGCCCUGCCCAGCGUUCAGGCGUGUCUGAGCCGAGCAGGCGGCGGGAGGACAGACAGGAACAGGAAAGGGGUCAAUGGAAGUGUCCCUGCCAGCAGGCCGGGCUUGCAGUCUAAACCACAAGGUACACACUGACUCAUAAUGAUUGAGCCAAGCACUGCAGAGUGGGAGUGUCAGUGGACGCAGUUGUAUUAGUGUGUGAUUCAUCUGUGUGGUGAGUGAGAAAGUAUUGACUCAUCAAUGUCCAGUUGUAUCAGAGUGGCUAUCCUGCUGUGUAUGUAUCUGUAAAUUGUUAUCCCCUGUGAAAUAAUAAUAGUUAUAAUAAUAAUAAAAACAAUAUUCAGGACUUUCGGCCACAACUGAGGGAUCACAACAUGCUCAGACUGACGUAAACAGCACUGAGAUCCUUUACUUGAACUUGCUGUGAGGAGAUAACUGGUUUUGAAAUAGUCCAAAUUAAAUCCUGAUGACUCCGUCUGACCUACAAAAGUAAACCAGGUCACUAUUCAGAGGACUGACUUCUCCUGUCUGUGCUGACACUGACUCAGUUCAGAUCCAGACAAAGCAAUCGCAGCACAAGCCUUUCUUAAAUUUAGCCACAGCUAGUUUGGACAUACAAUGGGUUGAACAAAAAAACUACUCAAAUAUUAUUGAGUGUGUGCAGGACAGGAUCACUGCAAAAAUAGUUUUGAAUCUUUAUUUUCUCUUAAAAUAUGACGCAAAUAUGUAACAAAAAAUCAUGCAAAAAUCAUACGUUUAAAAAGGUAAAACAAAACACCUCCAAAAAUGAAUUAGAAUAAAUUAAAGCUCCCGUGAGGAAGUUUCAGUUUGUGUUGAUUUGGCGCCCCCUGUGGACAAACUAAUACCACUUCUCCCUUUGCUGAUCUUGUGCUGAAAAUUGGAUUUUCUGACCAAAAAUCUCAUUCUGCUCUCAGAGAAGUUUGUGACUCACUGAAAACACUGAAAACACUUCAAGAAGCUUUUAUUCAGUUUGUUGUUAAUAAUCACUCCAACACCAACAACAUACUUUAUACUCCAAAUAUAUAUCUUGAGUCAACUAAUUUAAUUAAAAAAAGGAUUAAUGUAAUUAUAUGUAGUUUUUCUCUGAGCGGUUUGAGCCGUAGAUUGAAAAAAACUCAAAAGUAGGAAAAACUAUCACAAGUGUUUUGGCAACAAGUUUAAUCACUCCAUAGUUUAUAUUAUCAUUGUGCCGGUUCUCAGGCCCCUCACAGUGAAACAGCAAAAACAGGAACAUUGUUAUGUAAGGUUUUAUGUGACCUGUGAACCCUGAGCAUUGUUCCUUUUUUAUUUGCAGUGGGUAAAUUAUUGGACAGAGAUAAGAGCAGAGACAGAGUUCUGUUCUCGCUCUGUUCUCUCUGCAGCUGUUUAUCAUGGAGGAAAGUCGAUUCCCGGCGCCUGAUUUGUGAUUUAAUUAAAACUGUAUUUAUUCUUCACCGAGCAGGACUUAUGAGGAUGUUAAAUUCAGGUUUCCCUCUUGUGUGGUGUCAGAUUGGAGCUUAUGCUGCCCCCCUGAGGUCAAAACUGACCAUAUGCAUAAACUAUAUUUUCUGAUUAUCAACAUUUUUUAUUUGUAUGUUGUGUAGGAAGCAUCUUAACUGUAUAAAUUAAAUACAUUUGCACAUCCAAGUCAAAACAAAUUCCUGUUUCUUUGUGAGCAAACUUGUAUGUCUUCACUCCAUGUUGCUCCAGAAAAAUCAAUGCAUUCAUGUCCAUCAACCUGUCCAUCUACUCUGUCUUCUUCAGUGCCUCCAAAGCCACCACACCUCCAAAGCCCGGUGACGGAGCCCACCCCUACGUGGGUCCGCGUCCAAAAACCCCCGCUCAGAUCAAGCAUGGAGGAGGGAGGAGGAGGAGGAGGGGGAGGAAGAGGGGCUGCGACGAGGGAGAGAGUCAGGGAUAAACACUCCAAAGUCUCAAACCUCAUCAGCCGCUUUGAGGAGAACAGGUAGGAGCUCUUUACUCCGUGGAAGUGUGUUGUUGUCUUUCACAGAGUGAUUAUGUGUUUUUGUGCUAACCUGUAAACUUCAUCCAGCAAUUGUCUUUGUUAUUUUUUAGUGGAAGUUGGUCUGAAGUCAAUAUGGGAGUCUGCUAUUAUCCCAGGACAGAGUGAGCCAACUUUGCUUUUAUUCUGGUGCAGUUAGUUUGUUAUAUCGUGGACCUCCAGGCAGAACUUUAUUUUCUGUGUGUUAUAUUGUUAAAUAUUAAUUAGCAACUCGAGAAACGAUUGUGGGUCGAGAUUAAAGGGAAGCAAAUUUAUAUCUGCAAAAUGAGAGCCAUCAUUUCUUGUGUCAUUACACCCCCAGUAAUGCUUGUUAAUCCAUUUAAGGUGAGUCUCUGCUUCACUGUGAAAACUGAAUUAAGAAUUAUUCCCACAGGAUCUGUGUUAUCUGAAGACUUCUGAAUUUUUAAUAACUAUGAAAGAUGUCUGUUUUUAAGCCCACGUGAAUCCAUGUCUGUGAUUGAUUAUGAGAUGAAAUUUACUGAUGAUACAAACUGACCACAAAUGGAGCCGAAAACACUUCCCAAGCUGAUGAUUCAGACCCUCUUUUACUGAUCCAAUAUCUUUAUGUUGGAUCCAAAAAGUUGUGGCACUAAAAAUAAGUUGAUUAUAAAUAGAAUUUAAGUUUAUAAUCAACAGAAUUUAAGUUGAUUAUAAGCAGAAUUUGCGUUUAUAAUCAACUUUUUCGUUCUGGGGUUGUAGAUCUGAGGAAAGGAGAUUGAAUUGGAGCUGAAAAACUGCUGAUUUCCUCCAAUAUCAAUCUGUAAAUUUCCUGAGUGAAAGUUGAUCUGAUUUAAAAUAGUAACAUAUAAACAUGUUAGGAGGUUGAUUCACUCAUCUUGCGUCACUUAAAAGCUUUUGAAACCUCAUUUAGCCUUUUGCAAUCACAGUGACGGAAAACUUUGUCUUUCCUAACGUUUCCUACUGCCGGUUAUUUCAAGGAGGAAAAAAGCAGAAGUGCUUCGAUUAAAGCCCUGAGCCUGACUCAUUGAUAGUAACGCAGCAGACAGGACGAGCAGAGAUUAGCCCAAGCUCCACGAGCCAAGCGUUAGUAAGGGGAUGAAAGGAGAUUUGUACAGACGAGGGGAAACACAGCUCCUCAUUCAGUGGUGGGACCAGACUCUGAGUUAUGAGAUGAAGCCGGGCAGGAAGAGGUAGGAUCUCCUCUUUAAACUUUACAGUGUUUGAUCUGAGAUCUCACAGCCACAUGAUGAGAUAAGUGCUCUGUUGGCUCUGCUUUUCCCAGACGUUUCUGUGCUGAUUGAGAGUUGAGAGUUAUCUAGUAUCAUAGCUUCCUCCUUGUUUAUGCAUUUCGAAGUUCUUUUGGUCAGUUUCUGCAGCCCCCUCUUUUUGAGGGAGGCACAACAAUGGUGCCCUUGUCCCCAGCUGCUCAUACAGUGAGCCCUAAAAUAUUUGCUCUGCAGCAGUAUGCCCACUGAAGUUCCUCUGUCUUUUCAGCCUUCAAUUCUGCCUCCUCUCCAGUCUCCUCUGAAAAACAGAGUCAGAAAUCUCAAACUGAAUCCCUGUCUCCUUUCCUGCUCAUGUUCCUGAGCCUUGAAUCAAAGUUAAUCAGAAAAACAGUGUGUUUCUUUUUUAUUCAGACACUGUGGUGCAGUGAGGAUUAGCCUUCAAGUGGCCUUGGAGAAGAAAGAGGAGAAAGGCUUGAGAGAACAGAAUUAGCCGACUAAUAUACUAAUCUGGUUCACAUGGCGCUAGGCUGCCUUGAAGGCACAUGAGGAGACGGCCACAUGGAAGGUGAAGCAGUGCCUAAUUCUCAUCUAGUUAGACCCGUUUGGAAACUGUUUGGUUUUGCUGGAGGGUUUACUGUGUUAUUUGUAUGGAAAGAAAAACUACUGACUAACACAAAGCAAUAUUUUGUGUGUUUUUGUGUGUGUAUUCUCAUGAAAAUGGUUUAAAAAACAGUCCAGAUGUAAGAAAAUAAGUCUGUAUUUCAUGAGGAGAGACUGGCUGAGAAUCCAUUAAUAUUUAAUUGUGAUUAAUAGUGUGAUUGUUCAUAGUUUACUCAUAAUUAAUCACACAUUUUGUCUGUUGAAUGUAUUUUAAUGGGAUAUUUGUGAAGAUUUGAGUACUCUUCUCAGUUUGUGAAUCAUUACAACAGUCUGAAACAAGAAUGAAAUGAACAUGGCGUAGUUCAGGCAGGAGAUGAAGUCAAGCUUAAGACUACAGUCAGCUGAUCCUAAACUAGCCUCAGUCAGCUGAUAGCGCCGCUUAUUGCCCUUUACACAUCCAAUUGGCAAAUGUCUAAAUGGUGCUUUAUUUAACCUGCUUUGUCUGCCUACUCUGUCUGCUGCAACUCACCUCCAAACCAGCUCCUUUAGUGUCAUGUGUUUAAACUGAUGCUUGCUCUGUUCUGUGGGGGAUCUUUAUGUCUUCUUCGCUGAUGCUCUGCCUACCUUGGCUUUUCAUGUAUGCACAUGAAAGAGACAUUCAAUGCGAGCGCAUGGAAGAGCAGGGAACUCUGAGAGCCGAGUCAUCGCACCAAAUGUAACAACUGUUUUCAGAAUGAAUUAAUUUUGACUGAAGUGGUCCUGACGUAAAUACUCUCCUGAUCCAUUCUUGAGAAGUCAAACCCAACAAGCAACAAAAGACAGAUGCAUUGACCCGACUGGACCAUGGCUAUCAUGCCAAAAUGAUGUAAAUGUCCUACUUUACACUUGUAAAGGUGAACUAGACAUCCUUUGAUUUUUAACACAGUUUUGCACAACACAUUGGUAAGAUAUUGAUAUUUAAACAGUUAUUGAUUCAGCACAUCGAUCCUAUUCUUUAUCAUCAUGGGCUAACACUACUAGUCAGGUGGCUUCUUCACAUGUCGUGCAAUAUGCCACCACCUUUGGAGGCCGUCAGAGCUCGUAAUGGCUGAAAAUAAAGUGAUUCUGACCAUUCCAUGUAGAUUUAGUCCCUGUGAAGCUCUGAUGUGCAGACAGCAGAGGAGCAGGAGAAAACAGAGCAACAGCUUCAUCCAUGGGGUGCCACUGGUUUGAUUUAUACAUGUCACUCCAUGCCGUCAUCCCCAAUUUCUGCUCAGUCCACCACCCUGUCCUUUCAAAAUAAAGGCAUAAAAUGUAAUUUAAACAAAAAAAAAAAGGAUAGUCAUUUUUCACAAGCUGAUAAUUUUGGUUCAAAAAUUUUAGUUUUUAUAAUGUGAGAUUAGUCUUUAAUUUCUUUAAGAUUUUAGCAAAAGAAAGGGACCUUACAUUUGUCGCAUGUGUUGAAACCAAACCAAACUGAGAGUCUAGAUGACCACACCUCUUUUUUUACUGUUACACCCUUCAUUUAUCUGCUGAGCAAAAGCAGAGGAAACUUAAUCUAGAGUAACAAGUUCCUUGUAAAGGAAACACCUCAACUCAUGCAAAGAAUAUAAUGCAUUUUGCGUGCAAAGAUCUGCGCCCUGAUAGCCCUGAUAUGGGCCGUAUCUUCUUGACUUAAAGUUGAGGAUACAGGAUUUAGUCACUCCGAAAUGUAACAUAGUAGGAACUGUGAAAUACUGAAGCUCGACCAACUGGUUUGAGUGAUUCCCCAAAGAUAAACUUUUUCAAUGCAUGUGACGUGUUCUUUAUACCCUAAAAGUUUUUCCAAAAAAAACGAUUUUAUAAUUCUUUAUUGUCAUGUGCAAAGUAUCCCAAUAUAUCCUUAUAAAGCAUAAAUCAUCACCCCUGUCUCAGGAUGUCAUUUCACCAGGUUCUUGUUCACAGCCCCAGAAAACAGUAUCUGCCAUGAGGUUCAGUAUGAUUCAGUCCUGCUCAGAGGAGUAUGGACUGUUCUGUUUCAGACCCUAACGUCUCAGACCCUAACGGUGGCUGACGGCCCAGAAGUGAUUCAUCUGUGGAGUUUUUCACUGGCCUGUUCUUCCUCUAUUUUUACAUACUUCCUGUUUCUGCCGGACAGUGACACUCAGCGCAGAACAACGCUCAAUCUAAAAAUCACCUGCAUGGCUCAAGCUUGUUUUGCAUCAGAUUAGGUGAGAUUGCACUUGUUGCAUCUCCCAUUGCUUUUCAGUAAGUUAUGCAGUCCUCUGGGUGAUUUUCCCAGAUCCGAUUUGUGGUCAGUUUCACAGCAGAAGUGAGAUCGGAGUUUAGAUACAGCAGCUACUGUGCUGCUGGUUUCUUCUUACAGUUAUGACUGGAGGUCUGCAGGGUUGUUUGCAGGAAAACAGCUGUGCUGCCUGCUGGUACAGGAUGUAGAGCGGAUGAAUAAUGUCUUUGUGCAUGCAUGUCAGUGUGUGUGUGUGUGUGUGUGUGUGUGUUUGUCUUAAUCUCUGAGCUUCCAUUCCUGGGCUGUAUUUCAGAUCAUCUUGAAACUGUUUUUCCUGUUACAUUCAUGUUCAAUCGACCAAUGAGAGAGAUGUAAGAGCACAGUGAGUAACUCUCCUUGGAAGUAGGACAUGCUCUUUCUCAGGGGGGUUGGUGUUGUAGCUCUCCCCCUCCUCUCUUACUGUACCUCCUGUCCUCCUGAGCUCUCACACACUUCCUCUGCAGAAGUUUGUGCACCUCACAGUUUUAUUUUUAACCCUCACACUCACGUGAAAAAUCUCUCGGCUUACCGUCGAGUCUCUGCGCGCACUCUCCUGUAAGCUGCCUCCUUUUUCUCUCUCCUGUCUGUAGUCAGCUAACUCUUUCUGACCGACUUCCUCCUUUGCCUUGUCCUCUGUUCCUCCAGCAACACAGAGAGCAAGAGAGACGGCUCGCCGAUCAAACAGAUCAGCAGGUCAGCCAACUGCAGCCCGGCUCACCGCGCCCAGCAGAGGCAGACGGACUCCAGCGGGACUCAGGAGAACCACUCCCCCGCUCCGGCCGAGCUGCAGGAUGCUCUCAAACUGGCAGCUAACGGGGUAGUAGUGCAGAUGGAGAAGGAGGAGAAAGAGGAGAGGGAGGAUGAUGGCGUGAGGAUAGAGACGGCAGGGUUGGUAAACGGAGACAUGGGGGACGGCGGCACAGAGCAGAGUGAUGAACAUUCAGCUCCUCGCACUGACAGGACUGCUUCAGACAGCCACUCUGAGAACGAGGACAGUGGGACUAAAACAGAAAACGAGCACAAGAGCGAAGAAGGAAGCACAGACCAGAAGGUAGGCGCACAGCUGCUGGCUGAUUUUUCCUGUUUGACUUUGUAUCACCUAAAUGAUUCAUCUAUUUACAUCCUGUGUGUCUUACAUUUAGAGCUGCUGCUACCUUCUUCCUCCUCCUCUGCCUCUAAGAGACCAAACAUCAGCAUUUAUUGAUGUUCAGGGAUUUCAAAGUGAUUAAAUCUCCUGAACUAGCUCAGCUACAGGAUACUCUAAUGUAGUUUGGCUACAGUUACAGAGGAGUGUGUAUCAGAGAGGUUGUUUUCUACGAAGGCUGAACCGAUGUCUUAAGCAUGAGCAGUUGAGUCCAUGCUUCACUGACCUUCCCCCUGUAGUAGCGAGCUGGUGUUUCGAGAUCCUAAAUAUCUUAAAUUCAGAUCAAUCUCCUUCACUUCUCUGUUGAAAACAACCUCACAGUCUCUGUGAGAUCUGAGAGUACGAGCUGAAAGCAGUUUCCAAGUGAUAAUAAGUGGCUCUGCUGUCAAAACUACUACUUUGUCCUGCAAUAAGGAAGCUUUGUCAAGUCGAAACCGAGCUUUGCUGAUGAACUUCAUUUUUCCAUUUUUGGUAUCGUAGGUAUUUUUAUACUCAGAUCAGGUUUCCACGCUGAAUCAGCUGAAGUGAGGUUGUGUGGGUUAAAUGUCUACAUUGAGUGUAUUAACCACAUCGAUGCUGGCCAUGUCUGCACCAUCAGUAAAAAAAACUACCAAUGUGUGGAAGUGGUAUUCAAGCUAGGCUACAACUUUCUGCGGCCAAAGUCGAAUCUGCCAAGUAAUUGAGCUAAUUUUGAGAGAUCCCAAACAAACACACAUCUUGGGUUAAAUAUGCAUACACACAGAUGUGUUAUUCCGCAUCCAGCACAGUCAACUAAUCAGAUGUACAAGUCACUUAAAUGUUAUGAAGUUUUAUAUUUCACACCUCAGUUUUGCAUGAUGUUUACCACCAAAUGCCUCAGAUCAGCCUGUAGACACAGGGAUGAGUGCAGUUUCAGCUUCAGCAGCUGUCAGUGUAGAUUUUGCUCCAGCGCCUCUAUCUAACAGCGCCAAAAUCCAGCAUGUAGAGCCCACAAAAUCACAACAACAGUGUGUGUACUAAGGUACUCACAUGUCGGCCGUGUGGCAGUAUUUUUCAUUGAAGUCCAAAAAAGACUUUGCAGCUGAAUGCAAAAUUUGUCAUGCCCAAGUUUGUGCCAAUAUCCCUACCCUAACUCAACCCUAGUUGUGCUGUCAUGCUGUAAAUAAAUAAAAAACACCAAGAGCUGAACUCUUCCUUUGAAGACGCUCUUCCAUUCUGCUUCUCUGAUUGAACUUCUAAAAGUUGCAGAAAGUCGGUCACAAACAGCAGUCAGUCUUCGGUACAGCAGUGGACUCUGGUUGGUGAAGGUCUCAGACUGCAGGCGUGUGUGAACUGCAGCUAGAUUUGGACUCUCAAAGAUCCAGAGGUACUAUUGGUACCAAGUCUCCCUCCUGACAGACAGGAGUUUUCUCUGUUUCUUGUGGGCAUUAGCUCACUGUUAGCACACCUGAACCACCAGGUAACCUUGGAUCUCUCCUGCUCUCCAGUUAGCAUAAAGGUAUAUUCACUGUUUCCUUCAGGCCUGACUUCAUUCCUCUGUAAACUCCUUUUCACAAAUAUAUCAAUGUGUGUAAACAGCAUGACAAUUGCUCUGUCAGAAUCUCUCAGUAUUUCGUCUGUCCCUUCAAAGCCCACAGAUCAAACAACUCAUCAGUGCGCUGUAGGCAGGGGAGUCGGCAAAUAAAAUAAGCAAACUAACUUUCUGAUGUCCAAGUAAAGAGCUGUAGAAACAGAGAUGAGCAUUUGAGUCAGUCUUUCAAAAUCAACAAAUUAGCUUAGCCAAAAACUAGCCUAGCUUGUUUGCAGGACAAGUUCCCCCAGCAGCUUCUCAUUACAGGGACAGAGCUGAUGAUCUGCACUCAAACUUACAUUGGAGCUGAAAAUCUUAAAAGAAAAUCAAGCAAGUGUGUGAUUGUGUGUUUCCACCCUUACAACCUCUAUAUGCUGUAAAUCUCAUAGACUGCAGUGCAUGUGCAAAAGAGGACAGGGGCUUUCGUCGUCUUUAACAGCAUGUUCCCUCAAGCUCAUUUAGCCUCUGUCAAAAGUCUGGUAAACGCUCUUCAACCUCAAGUUUAAAUCUGUUUUUAAACUCAUAGUUUUGGCCCCAAAUCUACUUUGUCCCUGAAGGACAACUGCAAAAACAUUUUAUAAAUGCUGCCAAAAAUAAAAAAUAAAAAAAACAAUUACACAAGAAAACACGAAGAUAUUUCAUACACUUCGAAAAAUCUUCUAAUGUUUUUGAACAUAUUUCUGAAUUUCCUGAACUUCCUGCGUGAACAUAUUUUUCAUGAUAAUUUUUUCUGUUUCCUCAAUAUUUUUGCAUUUUAAAAAAAGUUUUAGCCCCCCAUGAUGAACUUUUGCAUUAUGUUGAGUAAAUAUAUCUGCUGGGUGUGUACAGAUAAAAAUGUUGUGACCUGGUUGACUGAAGUUUUACUGUGUUCCUCAGAACCUGUGCUCAGUGUUUUCAGUGUGGCGAGACUUACUGUAUGUGUCGAUAUUUUACCUUGAAACACAGAAAUACUAAUUUUGGUAGCUAUUUCAGAUUUAGUCUUUGGAUAUAAAAUUCCCGUUAUAGUUUUAGUCUAGCAUUUUAGUAGGCACUUUUAGCCAAAAUGUUUUCAAAUUAAUCCGAUAAAUCGAUCAGAAAAUGGAAUCAAGGUUCAUCUCUGUAAUGCUUCACUCUCUAAACACUCUGCCAUUCCUCAUCUUUGUUAGACAGUUUAGUAUAAAGUCCAGUACAUUUCCGCUGAGCUCUCACUGCUCUGUCAGCUCUCUAUCCUGGUAUUAUAAAGCGUUAAGGAGAUGUUCAGGAGAGGCUUCACAUGACUUCAGAUGAGGAUUGUUUGUUCUUUGGGUUUCAUUUUGUGAGUUAGUUUGGAGAGUUUCAUGUUUCAGAAAAGCUGAAGUGAGAGAGAAAGUUAAACCUGAAGUAGACUCUUCACUGUAUCACAGAGCUGUUUGACAAAGUCUCCUUCCAGACUACAGGCUUAUGUCAUAAGUUUAUGUCAUGUUACAGAGCGAUUAUACUGUCUAUUCUUUAAUUCCUCAACUUCCUGUUAAAGACAGUUUGUAUAGUCAUCUGGAUUUUAACUGCAAUGGUGUCUCCCAUGAUCCUGUGCUUCUUUACGACACCAUUAAACUAUUUGUUUAGCCAUAAAUUGAUCACGAGGAUCCAAACUGCAGAAAUAAAAUACUCUGGGUCUAAUGGACAUGGAUAUAAGACGUAAAAGUCCUGUUGGAGAGUGGUAUCUAUGAAAGGAAUUCAUAGAUACUAGACAAAUAGAGGAUCAUACUUAUUAAAUUUCUCAGGAUCUUCUUGUUCUUGUUCUGACAGGGGUGAGCGAGGGAGUGUUUUAAUCCAUUCUCUAAAAAAGUUUUAAAAUAAUAAGUAAUGGAGAAAUGUGUGGUUGAUUCCCAAGGCUAUGCCAGCAUUUAACCCAGAACAGAGUAAAAUAACCUGGCCCAUAGUGACGGGCUAUAAUAUCACACUUUCAUCAUCUGAGUGUCUGAUUGCGGAGUAUAUUUUGAGUGUGCAGUUAUUGUUUGCUAAAUGGUCUCCCACACAAAUCUGUAUGAGACGAUUUGUGUCUUUGUUACAUUUGGUGUCAUUUCCCUUCGUCCAUGUUUUCAUUUCCUAUUCUGAGACCUCAUGCAGAACCACAGGCUGGUCUGCCAUUGGCCCAGAUUUAAAGAGACACACUCAUAUACAGUAUAUGUACACACAGAGACACGCACACAUCAGCGCUGCAUGCUGGUGUUUGCAGAAACAGAGAAAAACAGAUUUAACACAAGACUGCCUUUAGUUGAGGAGUCACUGAUGCCUUAAACCUAAUCUGUUUCUAUAAAUAAAGAGUGUGAGGUGGGUAUUUUGUUUUGGAAGUCCAAAAGGGUAUUACAUGGUUGGUUGUUCACUUCACUCUUUUGUCUGUCAAAAACAAUGGGUUGCGGUCUUAUCCCAGUCCUGAAUCAGACGUGCACCAAACAGGAACCUGCAGAUGGACAGGAAGCUACAUGUUUAAAUAAGACUGAAAAAGCAAGAAUGAGAGAGUGCUGAAUUUCAGCACCACAGACAAGUUUCCCCCACAUAUUUUCAUUUAAGUAAGCCGCUGUUUAGGCACAGAACUGUUAUUUGAAUGCAGUACUUUAAAAUUUGGCAGAAUGGCCCUUUUCUGAGAGCUCCCUGCUCCUCCAUGUGAGUAAGGGGACUUCGAAAGACCUUAAGUGGGAAGAUCACACCUCCCUCAUGUUUCAUGGGCAAACAUGAAAAGCCAAGGCAGGAAGAUCAACAGUAAAGACCCUCAAAGUGGCAGUUUAUUGUAUUUUAUGUGGUUUGAUUUGUCUUGAACAAAAACAAAAAUGUACUUUUCACCUGACAGAAACUUUGAGAUCAGCACGGGUAUUUAAAAUUUCUCUCUCUUAUUUUUUCUUGAUUUUAGGAAACAAAUGAACAGAAGCUGUUUAAGAUUGCGAGCGAGCUCCUGCAGACAGAGAAGGCCUAUGUGGCUCGAUUAAACUUGCUGGACCAGGUGAGGAACUUUGAAAACCAUGGCUCAUUUCUGUUUUUUUGUAUAAGGACUUCACUUUCAUUUCAAAAUCUCUCCUGUCAAAACCAGUGACUACAAUCAUCCCUCAUUAGUUAUGAGUUUUUAUGUUGUGUGAUGUCGUAUCUUUAGGUGUUCUGUACGAAGCUGAUGGAGGAGGCAAACAAAGGCACGUUCCCCGUGGAUGUCGUGAAGAACAUCUUCUCCAACAUCUCCUCCAUCAACGCCUUCCACAGUCAGUUUCUGCUCCCAGGUCUGGAGAAGCGUAUGGGAGAAUGGUGAGUGAUUCAGCCUGAUAUGGAAGAGAGAGAGAGAGAGUGAAUACUGAGCUUUACAUCCUGGUCCUGGGAUCCUGUUAAAACAGUUUGCCAAGAUUGCAUAUGGAGGAAACAGGACCAGAAAGUGUGUCUGCUCAUUUAACACACCCAUGUAAUAAUAAAAAACGAUAAAGACUUGUGAAAACAUUCAAUAUAUUUGUUAAGAGAGUGUUAACACCGUCACCAUCAGGUUGCUAGGUUAGGUUUCACACACUUUACUACACAAACACCAUCUUUUUUUUCUCUAAAGGGAGUCCAAACCUCGCAUCGGGGACAUCCUGCAGAAACUCACACCCUUCCUCAAAAUGUACGCAGAGUAUGUGAAGAAUUUCGACAAGGCCAUGGAGCUGCUGAAACAGUGGACCGACCGUUCGCCUCAGUUCAAGGCCAUCAUUCAGGAGAUACAGGUAGAGGUUUUAGAGCGAAACCCAAACUUGAAAGAUGAAGCUGUAUUUCACAAAGGGGGUCAAAAAUUACUGAUGAAGUGCUGCAUGAAAAACCAAUUUGUCUGAUCGGAGACGUAGAGUGCCAUACAUAAAUACAGAUGCUUUUUGGACUUAAGACAUACGUUUAGAUGAAUCUGCUGCAAUUUAGAGAAGUAUUUUUGAGCCUGUAUGUCCUGGACCAACACAAAAUGUUACAGGAUUUUUUACAGGGUAUGGAAAUAUGAAAAGCAAAUGAAAAGCAAGUUCAGGUGUAAAUUACUGCCUUCAUUUAUAGGACAGAUUUUCUCUCUUUUUUUAAUGAUGCUCAAAAAAAAAAUUCAGUUCAAGUUUGUAACAAAAAACAAACAAAAAUGUCUCAGGUCGUUAUUGCAUGGGUGCUUUAUUGUUUUCAAAUUUGAUAACUGUUCUGCAAAACAAAGACAGCGAAGUAAACUUUUAUUUAUUUGUGGACAGACUUCAGAUGUGUGCGGGAACCUGACGCUUCAACACCACAUGCUGGAACCCGUGCAGAGAGUCCCACGCUACGAGAUGCUGCUCAAAGACUACCUGAAGAAGCUUCCUCAGGACGACUCGGACAGAAGAGAUGCAGAGAGUAAGUUCAAAAACCCUUCAAUUCAACAGAGCCCCUCAGAGAGUAUGGAGGAAAUAAAAUCAAGAUUUAUUUCAAGAAAUGAAUAUAUUCCUCUUAAAAGUCCUGCUCUAAAUUUUGUUUAAUAAAUCCCUCCCUCUCGUUUUAAAUGUCCCAUUGUCUGUGAUCAAAAAUGGGAAGAAAUAACCUCUCUCUCAUUUUCCUUCAGAAUCAUUAGAAAUCAUCGCCACAGCAGCUACUCACUCCAACAGCGCCAUCCGGAAAUCUGUAAGUCCAAAUCUUUCAAACUGAGACUAAAUCUAUCUCUCUGAUCAACCCUGAACUAAAAAUAAAUCUCUUUUUGUCAUGCAGGAGAAUCUGAAGAAGCUGAUGGAGAUCUACGAGAUGCUGGGAGAGGAGGAGGACAUCGUAAACCCCUCCAACGAGUUCAUCAAAGAGGGUCACAUCCUGAAGCUGGCUGCCAGGAACACCUCGGCCAUGGAGCGAUACCUCUUCUUAGUGAGUGAAGCAUCUUUUAAUCUAAUGAAGGACACAGCAGGGAAAUAUGCUGAGGCCGGACUUUGUCUGCAAUUGAAACAAAUGAAUCAUUACAAGACGGGAACACCUCUGUGUGAGGAUACAUCAGGGGCGCAUGAACGCAUCUCUCAAUUACGCAGAUUAGCGGUGAUGAGAUUAUGUUCUGGCUGUUUCUUAUUAACUUCAGGCUGAUGCCUCCCAACUGUGUGAUUGAAGCUGCUGGAGGAGAACAACAGCAGAUUUUGAAAAGAAAAACACACCGUAACCUCACUGGAUUUUUCACGCUCGGUUUGUUUUCUUCCAGUUUAACAAUAUGCUGCUGUACUGCGUGCCAAAAUUCAGCCUGGGCGGGCCAAAGUACACAGUGAGGACGCGGAUCGGCGUUGACGGCAUGAAGGUGCUGGAAACCAUAAAUGAGGACUACCCCCAUACCUUUCAGGUGUCAGGGAAGGAGAGGACGCUGGAGCUACAGGCCAGGUGGGGUCUUAUGCAAGAAGGAAUUACAGGAAAUAUAACGUCUGUUUUAGAAGUCCUGUAAAGAAGUGCAGAAACAACUCUGCCUUUCCCACACUCAGGGGUGUAAUAACAUGUUAUUUGUUACCCAUGCAGAAUAUUUUCACAUGUAUGUGGGAGACCACCUAAAUGAGCACACCCUAACUCCACUUAGAGCUCUAAAUAAACCCUAUAACCGCAGCUGACUGCCGUGUUAUUAGUGGAACAGGAACUCGGGUUUUAAUGUUUUUUCCUUUUUUCCCUCCUCAGCACAGAGCAGGACAAGGCCGGCUGGAUUAAAGUACGUACAACACAAAAUCAUUCAUUUAUUUCUUUUUAAUUUCAUUAUAUAUAAUGUUACAGUGUUUAAAAGGGAUUUUUAUCUCUCAGGCUUUCCAGGAGACCAUCGAGGUCUUCCAGCAAAAAAAUGAGUCGUUCAAGAAUGCGCUGAAAGACAUGGAGGAGGUGUCGGUCAGUGUCACAUCGGAGCCGAUGAACAGUAAAGACACAUUUCUGCUCUGAUGUAUCUGUACUGAUAAUGAUUUUAUUUGAAUGUAGAACGAAGAGCUGGGGAAGCGAGCCCCUCGCUGGAUCCGUGACAACGAAGUGACGAUGUGUAUGAAGUGUAAAGAGCCUUUCAAUGCCCUGACACGGCGGAGACACCACUGCAGGGCCUGUGGCUACGUAAGUGAUCAAAAUGUCUCGAUGCAAAAAAUCUACAAUCUCAAUUCUACAAAAGUUAGGGUGCUGUGUCAAAUGUUGACAAAAUCAGAAUUUACUGGCGAGUAAAUCAGGCCUCUCUGAAUGUCCUUUUUAAAGCCAGUCAUGUUACUAACCUGUUAGACAUUCACCUCAUUAGGUGGAGAUGGUCCCCCAGCAGUUUUUUUCGGAUUACACAACUUUUUACCUGUUUGGUUAUUUCUCUUUAACAUUUUUUUACCUGUUUGGCUGUUCCUCUGUAACAACUUUUCACCUGUUUGGUUGUUCCUUUUUAACAUUUUUUUAACCUAUUUUUUACCUCUUUAACAUUUUUUUUCCUGUUUGGUAGUUCCUACUUAACAACUUUUUAACCUGUUUUGUUUUUUCCUCUUUAACAUUUUUUUUAACCUGUUUUUUACCUCUUUAACAUUUUUUAACCUGUUUGGUUGUUCCUCUUUAACAUUUUUUUUCUGUUUCGUAGUUCCUCUUUAACAUUUUUUUUACCUGUUUGGUUGUUCCUCUUUAACAUUUUUUUACCUGUUUGGUUGUUCCUCUUUAACAUUUUUUAACCUGUUUGGUUUUUCCUCUUUAACAUCUUUUUUACCUGUUCGGUUGUUCCUCCUUAAAAACUUUUUAACCUGUUCGGUUUUUCCUCCUUAACAUUUUUUUUACCUGUUUUUUUACCUCUUUAACAUUUUUUUUGGUUGUUCCUGCAAAAGCCUUUUUAAAGAUAUCUUGAGGGCAUCAAAUUGAAAUGAGAUUUUUUUUUUUCAUAAAACAAUUUUUAAAAAUCAAGUUUUAAAAUUUGAUAUUUUCUUUGCAGUAAUUUUAGUUAUUUAGUUAUUUUUAGUUAUUUUAAGUGGUUUAAAAACAAUUAUAACUUUUUACACUGUACAUUUGUUGUUUUGGAAUUGCAGUUGUAUAAACAUAGCCUGGUCAGUUCAAAAAGGUAUCACUGUUUUGGUUUUAAUUAUUAAGAAUUUAUUGUAUUUUAGGACGAGUGAUGUGACCUUAUUUGAAAUCAGAUUAAAACAUUUACUGCCUCCAUUUUAAAAUGAAAACAUCUGGAUUUUGGUGCAGAGUUCAAUCUUAUAUUUCCCAUAAGUAUGAGGAAAAUAAAUUAUGCAUUGGGACUUUUUUGCAAGUCAUCCCUCCUUUAUUUCCUAACUGUUUGUCCCACUCUCAGCUUAAGAUAGUUCCUGAAUACUCAUAGUUGAAUAAAAGAGGUUUAAGCUGCUUCCAUUUGGACAUUAUAAAUGUUUUGAAUAAGAAAAUGUUGUAUUAGAAAGCAGCUUGUGAGAGUAAUAGAUCUUCUCUUUGUCUUCUUUACAGGUGGUGUGCUGGAAAUGUUCCGACAAUAAGGUGCCGCUUGAAUAUGAUGGAAACAAAGUGAACAAAGUCUGCAGAGACUGUUAUUCCAUCCUGACAGGAGAGGGGUUAGCAGAAGGCAAGAAGAAGGGGAUCCUGGAGGUGAGCCUGGGAUGUUUUCAGACCUGCAUUAAAUAUAAUAAAAUACUGGGGUCUAGAUCUCUUAUUUCUAACCUCUGAUUCUUAAUGUCUCGUGUUUUCCUCCUUGUACAGAUCGAGGCAGCUCAGUUCUCAGGCAGCAGCAUCAUGUGCGGCUUCCUGCAGUACUAUGAGAAGAAUAAAACGUGGCAGAAGUUUUGGUGCGUCAUCCCUGAGAAGGAGUGUGUGGUGCUUUAUCUUUACGGAGCUCCACAGGUAAAACACUGAGAACAUGAGGCAGAAAUCCAUCUCUCAUCUCUGAUUUAAUGAAGGGAUAAUUUGGGCAUUUAAAGGAGGGGUUGUAAGUAUAUCAAUUGAUGAUUAUAGAACCUUAACUAACAUACAUGAUUUAUCACCACAACCAACGCUGGAAAACACAAAGGGACACACUGAAAAAAGCUGAGAGAAAAAUCAAAUAUGCUAAACUCCUGUUAGGAGGCUGUGAGACAUUAUAGAUGUGUCCUUGAAUAUGGUCUGCACUGACAUACUACACUCGCCAAAAUUUCAGGACACCUUGAGUUUCGGUUUGUAAGUGUACAAUAAUCUGGCAGACUGACCUUCAGAGUUUGACAUUCUUUUUGGAAACUUUGGACAUGCCAAAAAUAUUUCUCAAAAUAGAGGUUUUUGUGAAAUGUAGCUGUUCUGGUAAAACUUUACAAUAACCAUAACUUAUUUAUAAAUAGUAAGCAGAUAGUUUAUUAAUGUUUAAUCAUCAUUCGUAAAUACCAUAUGGACCAUUAAUAAAUUGUAGAUUUUACAAUUUUAAAAACCUAACUCUAACUUUACAAUAACCAUCUAAGUAAUGUUUAUAGAUGAUUUAAAAAACAAAUAUUAAUCAUUUACAAAGUCCUACUGACACACAUUUUAAUCUAGAUGUUUUACAACCAAUAUUUAAACCUUUAAUAACUAGUCCAUUAAUAAUUAAUGAAAAUUAUUAAUCAUAAUUCCAUUGCUUGUUAAUGGUAAAGUAACUUUUAACUUACAUUAAUAAACUAUUUGCCAUUUAUAAUUGGUCUAUAUGCUGUUUUUAAAUGAUUAUUAAAAUUUAGUAAACUAUCUAUUUACCAUUCAUAAAUUAUGGUUAUUGUAAAGCGUUACCGCUGUUCUAAAAGUGGAGGUGGACAUCACUUUUUGAUUGCUGAAAGUACAAACUAACUAGAAAUCCUGGUAAAAAAAAAGGUCACAGAAAAUAUCCGAGGACUGGUCCUGACUCUUCGACUGAUAGCUUAGCCCCCAUUUAGGAACUGGCUUUUCAAUGAAGGAGCCAUACUGACUGAUAUCUAUUCUUCAUAAUAUAUUGACCUUGGAAAAGUACUUCAUUACACCCCAAACUAUCCCUUUAAUGUCCAAUCAUAAAGCUCACAUGCACCUCUCCCCUGACUCCUCUCCACAGGACGUGAGGGCUCAGUGUAGCAUCCCCCUCCUGGGCUACUCAGUGGACGACAGCGCCCGACCCACAGACCCUCCAGCAAGUUUCCGCCUCUCCCAGUCAAAGUCCACCCACAACUUUGCAGCAGAAACAGAGGAGCUGAAGCAGCGCUGGCUCAAAGUGAUUCGCGUGGCGGUGACAGGAGAGAUGCCCGAACGUCCUCAGACAAACGGCAACAACCCCGCCAUGAUGGACAACAACAACACGCAGGAGGCGAGUACGGACAGCACAUAA